CGUGGUUUUUCCUGACCAAGAUGGCGUCUGUUGUUGGCUGCCUUCUUGUUAUUGGCUUUUUUCAAGGAUCUGUGCUCGGUGAACAGCAACAAAACACACUCAACGUCCCGCAAGUUCUGUUACCUUACGCUCCAAGAGGAUCUGUGCACACAAAUUUUACACUGAAAGCUUUGCAGGGCUGUUACCUGUGGUAGGUCGAAUUUUCGUGCAAAAUUGGCGCCAUUUUACGGUAUUAAGCUUAAUUAAACUUUAUUAAGAGUUUGACAUAAACAGCGAGAGUCACCUAUCAUGUUUUCCCAUAGGUUAUCUAACAGACCUGAGGUUGCUACUGUACAGCCUGUGUACAACAACGAGGAGGAUACAACUGGUAAGGGACCGUUAUUCAUCCACUCUAAAUUCGAGAUUGCUCCGAAUCUCGCAAUGUAGAAAAAGUUUUCUUAUUAUACGAGAAAAAAUUUAAAACAAAUCGUAGGAUAAGAAAUCUUUUUUCUGUAAUUUAAACAGGCAGUUUGAAUUGACGAGAACAAAAUCUUAUUCUAUGAUUUGUUUUAAAUGUUUUUCUCAAUGCCAAGCUGUAACAGUCUCAGGUGCUAGUAUACAGCCGAGCGAACGAAGAGAUAGUUCCUAAUCGCGAAAGUUUUGCUCAGCUAGUGUUGGAUGGUUUCGACAAUGCAGACCCAUUAACCCAUUUUGCAGGCCUUGAAAGUCUUGGAAUUUAAUUGUCGGUCAUGGAAAGUCAUGGAGAAUUGAAAUUAUAUUUGUUAGAUUAGUUUGUGCACACUCCAAAACAAGGACAAAAAAAGGACAAAACAGCUUUUAAAAAAUGGCACACAUUUUGGGGGAGAGUGAAGUGUUAUCUGUUGAAUUGAGUUAGGUAAAAAUACCCCAAAACAGGAUAGUUUUAAAAAUUUUCUUAAAUGACAGCUUUACCUAAAGUCAUGGAAAACUGGAAAAGGUCACGGAAGGUCGCUCUGAAUUCGUAUAUCACUCUUUCCUUUUUCCUUACUAAUUUGGAACUGUAACAAUAAAUAUGUUCAUACACUCCUGUAGUUCCCUUGAAAUCCAUACCCCAUUCCAGGUAUACACGUUUUAAGACCAAAGCGGCAUGGCUUACAUAAGGGAGUACCCCCCCCCCCCUGGUAAUACAUAUCCAGUAUAUUUAAGCUAGUGAAGUUUGUACUGGGGUGCACACAAACUUUAACUGAAAAACUAUGCAAAUUUAUGGCGAGAAUUCCAUCAUAAUGACACUGGGUAAUUCCCAAAAUAUCCAUAAGAUAUCCCAGGUGGCUUCCUAAUACAGUAAAUCCCCCUUGCCUGUGGAAUUUCAAGACUUUUGACAAGACUUUUGCCACCAACUGAAUAUCAGAGAUUCAUUUGAAGUCUAGUCCCUGACAGUGGCGAAGCUACCCAACUGGUUUGAAGUCUGUAGCUGAUGCAACUUGAGGGCUUCUUGCAAAGGUCCUGACAAGUAAGCAUUACUGGCUCAGUGGCCUCAAGGAAAAUGCAGUGUGUAUGAGAAGGGUUCAGAAGAGUGUCUAGAUGAGAUAGUAAAAACCAAAAAUGACCCUUCAAUCCAUUGAAGUAUGCCGUUUGUAACUGGCAGUAACUUAUUGGCUGAGGUGAAGAAACAAGGCAAACGUUAAGGUUAUGAGACUUGGAGUGGAGUUAUAUUGACCCCAGGUGAAACAGACAGAGUUGGAAACUGUAGUUGAAACAAGCACAGGAAAGGUUUCCUGAGGUAAUGAAAGAUUUGAUUGGAGCUAAAGAAGUCAAAGGCAGAUAAUGCUGCCAGCAAUGGGUUCAGGUGGGAUUGGAGUACUUGGUGAAGUGUUUGAGUCGCUGGUCUGCAGGACUUACCACUGAUGAGCUGCAGACUGCUUUCAACAAGGUAGAAGCCUUGAUGAACUCGAGACUAUUGACACGUGAAGGAGCUGACCCCCAAGAUGAACCAGUGUUGACACCUAACCACUUUUUAGGUGGGCAUCUGGGAGGACAACUAUCACCUCAAAGUUACUGAUGACAUAGCCUCUUAUCCCAAGAAUUGUAUAGUUGAAGACUGAUUCAGAACCUAGUGAAGAUGUUCUGGAGCUGGUGCUGGAGAGAUCAAUGUUGUUUUCAUCACACUUAACACCUGAAGGAAAUGGAGAGAGGCAAAAUACAACCUAAAAGCUGGGAAUGUAGUGGUUGUUUUUUAUCUUGAUGCUGCAUGCUGUUAGUGGCAUCUGGGUCGAGUAGAAUAAGAAAAAUUUUUUUUUUUUUUCAAUCUUGAUCAAAAGUUUCUUUCAACUGCUAAAAAAAAAAAAAAAAAUAGUAAUCCAUGCUGUUAUAGUGGCAUCUAGUCCGAUUUAAUGGCUCCUUCAGCAACCGACGUCGAUAUCAAAUAAUAAUAAUAAUAACAAACCAAUAAUCAAAAUAAAUAAACCUUUGUUCCAUAUAGAUGUCUAUAUGAUUAGCUGUUCUAGGCAUUUUACAAUAUCACAAAAAAUGUAUUAAAACUCUAAACAAUGCAACAACUACAUUAUAAGUAUGAAAAUUAAAUAAAAAUCUAUUUAUAAAUUAAGAAAAAGCAUGGUGAAAUAAAUAUGUCUUUAAGUGUUCCUUGAAAGAAUUCAAGGAAUCAGCAUUUCUUAAGGAUGCCGGUAUGCAUAAUUUACAGUACAGGCCACGGGCAUUGCAGCAUUACACGCGCGUUUAUGCGUGGAAAUCCGCCAUAUUGCACGCAAAUUCUAUGAGAAAAACACUCGUGUAAAAAUAUACACGCAAAGAUACACGAGAAAAUGCAUGCAAAUUAGGAAAAUUUGGGUGUAAAACUUUACACGCAGAUUGUUAUAAUUUGCUUGUAUUCGGUUUAUGUGAGUUCUUAUAUCGCUGGCUGAGCGAGUGCAGUUGUACUUGUGCGGGUGGCUUUAAUUUGUUAGCAUAAAUCAAACUUUCGAGGCACGUUCAAAUGUUAGAAUUUUAUGUUAUCGAGCUAAAAGUGAUCCAAGCUUUUUGAUCGAAUGAACAUUGUUUGAAUAUUUAUAUGUUCUUCGCUUGAAUCUUCAUUUGUAGAGGUUUCAACUAAAAUCAGAUUCAGUUAUCAAUUCGCAACUAUUUUGAUGGACCAACUACUCUGUAAUGUGACGCUGUAAUUUACAUCUCUUUUUUGGUGAAGGAUCGCUUCUACAUGUAUUUUGUUCAUGGCAUUUCAUCUCCUACUUUUAGUUAGCUCACUGCUUUGAGUUAUUUUCUUCUGCAACAAUCUCCUUUCUCCUUCCUGCAAUGUAGGUCCGAAAUGAGAAAAAUUUCUUUACGCAACACCCGGCGUCACUCAGUCGCAUUGUCCGUCUACGUUUAAGCAAACAAUCCAGCGUUACUGCAAGAACUAAUGUUUUCACCAAGGAAAGGUUUUCUUUUAAGGUCUAUGUUUUCAGCAAAGCGUGUUUAAUUCUUGUCAAGGGCAAAGAAAAUAACACGCUGCAUUUUUAUCGUUUACACAAGCUUCUAUUUCCAGAAAACGCAUGGAAUUGAAUUACUUUAAAUUUUGUCUAUCUUCAACAGAUGGCGCAUUGCAAAUAACAUGCAAAUUCGGAGUGAAAUUGUAUCCAAGUUUAGUAAUGCACUGAAAUUUUAAAGCAACAACUAAGGGCAUAUCGUUAAGCCCAACGCUAAUUCAAUGUCAGGAUAAAGGCAUAUGUAAAAGAGAAACCUGGUCUCUAAAAUUUAGUGCCGAUCGUGCGAAAUCCCUGGGUGAAAUCAAACCCUCUAGUCAUCCCGAUUGUUCGAACUCUCGCUAACUGGAACAUCGCGCUUACUCAAGUCAAUUUCCCCUGGGUUUUCUUCAUACAGCCAGUGACUGUAAUUUACCUUAGCUAACUCAAAGUAAUUUUUUGUUUCCCUUCAGAUCAUUUCUCUACAAUUUUACCCUUGAUAACUCGAACCAUGUAUUAUAAACAAGUCUGAACUGAAAAAAACAGUAUACUGAAGUCCGAGCCCGAGAGUCCGAGUGCCUGCUACGCAAGCUAAAACAUAUUUCAAAACAACAUUUGUGGCAAGUAACAUGCAUCCAAGUUUACAUGUAAAAUAGCGCUUCAGCCAACAGCCAAGGAAAUCGUUGAUUACAAAACAUGACGUUCGCAAUCGUAGCAUAAUUGUAGUAAGAGAAACUGUACAGUAAGUUGUUUUCUUUUUCACCGCGAAAACACGUUUCGGUUUCUAACUUAUAUCAGCCACAUUUGCUGUUACACGCAACUUGCGGGUAUUUUUAUAAGGAAAAUCAGUCACCUUAAAAAUACACUCAAAUUUGGGUGUAAAAAGUCUGCACGUAAAAGCUCGUGUAAAAAUUUACACGCAAGUUUUUUGCAUGGAUUUUUCGUGGAAAUCCGCCAUGUUGCACGCAAUUUAUGCGCGUGUAAGUGCUGCAAUGCCCGUGCCCUGUACUGUAGGUCUUGCAAUAGAAAGUCUUUAAUCACCAUAAGUAAAGUAACUUAUUCGAGCAAAAACGGAAAGAGUAGGAGCUGCAACAAAAACUGAGCAAAUUGGGUAUACGACUUGGUGAAAGUCCAUUGAUAGCCUUAUAUACUAACGAUAAGAUUUUAUAAAUAAUAAUUAUGGUAUUCAACAGGCCACCAAUGUAAGUCUAUUAAACUGGGUGUUAUACAGUAUGUAGGUUCAUACAUGUACUUAGCUUCUUGGUGAAUGUUUUGAUGCACACUGCUCUAUUCUGAACUAGCUGUAGGUGGUUUAAGAGAACUUUAGGUAGUCCAUAUAGAAUCGCAUUACAGUAAUCCGAGGUGGUAGUCACAAAAGCAUGAAUAAUUGCUUCAGUAAGUUCACGAUCCAAAUAUGGAUAUGUAGUAGAAGUGUUUGUGGGUUAGGAUGGACAAGUGCGCAUUAUCCUGGAGGUAAGCACAAGGGACCAGAAGGUUAUACACCUAUUGACAAGACUGUUGGAAGGGAGAGGAGGGGUGAGGAUGGACACAUGAUCAACCUGAACUUGUUGUUUGUAAGUACCAGGUGCUACUUGCAAGGUUGUACCCUAAGAAAAACUGAAUUGAGCCAUGUCCUCUGAAACUGUAGAAUGUAGGGUGCCUAGCAUGUGAUUUGUGUGAAAGUAGGAAGAUUUUCUAGUUGCAUGGGCUCUGCUAAAGCACAGCCUUGUCCUGUGGGGAUGAUGGAAAUUGAUGGAAUAAAGAGUUUUAAGAGCACAUUGAAAAUGGCUGUAGUGUUUUGUGUGAACCAGGUUUUAGAAUGGAAUUUUGUGCACCUGAGUAUAUCCACUAAAGGAUAACAAUGUUUUGGAAAUUUUUUGUUAUAUUAUAUAACUUUUUUUGUUUACUGUGAUAUGUAUAGUUCUUUUUAAAGGUUAUGUAAUGCUGUUGUAAUUCUUUUCCAGGAAAAGUAAUAAAGUCAAGUUUUCUUAGCAGUGCUUAUAUAAAAGGAAAUGGUACAUAAAUAUAUCGUAAAUUUCUGUAACUGAGACUGAUAAUGUCUUUUCUUUCAAUGCUACUCUGCUACCAGCUUGUAACAAAAACAGUUUAAUGCUGUGUCCUAAAGUUAUUAGACUUCAAUUAUUGAAAGUCAAGGAAAAUAUCCUGUCCAAAAACUCCAUGGUAAAAUAAGGCUGACUGAUUCCCACUUUUCACGUCACUUGUAUCUCCUUUGAAAGUCUUUUUAGCUGUUCUCUUCCUGUGUCAUUUUCUCAGCAGCCAGACAGUUUGAUAGAAAAUGUUCAAGAGAAGCUCUAGUUACUGCACAGGCAAGGCUUCCAGAGAGACAAAUGACUGAAAUCUUAGCGGAAGAGGAAGGUACAAUUUCUUUACUCAAAAUAAUUGUCUUUCUUUAAGUGAAAGUUACUGGUAUUAUCUGGCAAGUGGACUUUUAGACUUUACUAUAAUUGCCUGCUCAUUAUUAAACAGUCAGGAGGUGUGUACUGCAUUACUCAGCCAAUCAGGCGUGAGAAACUAAACCACAAACAAAUAUAGUACUUAUUUGUGGUGUUGUGUCCUGAUAUUUGUUGCGAUUGUAUGCAGUCACAACACAAUAAAGAGUUUGAGUAAUUUUCAAGAGUCUGAUAAAAGCAAGUCGGAAGUCUGACAUAAGACAUAGAAAUAAAUAGUUACGUAGAGCCGUUGUUUGUGAUCAGUUGUGAUCUCAGCGGAUGUUUUUUUAUCCUUAUAUUUCGGUGGUUGUCAUUAUUAAUUUACUGUCUUCUUUGGUUCAACAUUUCCCACAAAAUUAAAAAAUUGAUAACAACAACCUGAAAUUUCAACAUUGAAAGGAAGUCAAAGGAAGUCUGCAUGGACUCCCAAAGUGGUUUUUGUGGUUACGUCACAUCAUCCGGCAACUGCCGUCAAGUUACAUGUUUGCUCUUACCUCUUUUGUAGGAUUUCAUCGGAGAUCUUUGAAAAAUUGUUUUAGCAGAGGCUGAUUUUCUCUUUGACUCCAGUUUGCCAUCAAUUUCUUUUUAUUAGAUCUUGUACCACUGGGUAAUAUGUUGUAACAAAAGGAAAUAGUCUCUCUAUACUUUUUUGCUUUUGUUUUAGCACCGAUUGUCUUAUAAUACAGCUGUAAGUCAAAGUUAACCUCUGACAACGACCUUUCUCUAUCUUGUUUAGGAUACCUGCGUGCUUCAAGGCAUUGUUAAAAGUUUGCAAAGCACUCUUUAAAUGUUUUUGAAGAGUUUGUUCUAACCAAUCUUAUUGCUUCACCUGUAAUGAAACCUCUUUUUACCCCGGAGGGUGGUAAGAGGUAAAGUGUGUACAUGUAUAUUGCAAGGUUUUGAUUGGCUUAUAGUGGGUUGUGAUGUCCAAGAUGGAUUUCUCUGUGAAUCGCUCUCUUUUGAAAACUACAUGUAUGGUGAAUUUCAAGGAAAGUUAUUUCAUUCUUCGAUAUUUCGGCCCGUGAACUUUAUUGUGAGAUGGAACUUGUUAGCUUCUUUAAUAAAUCGUGUUGGAACUUGUGUAUUUUUUGCUUUAUACUUUAGCAGUAACAAAGUGCAUCUCACUGCUAUUAUUCAGGGAACAUGGCGAAAUAAAUUAUUUUUUAUCAAUUAUACAUAAAUUAUUAUUAUCAUUAUUAUUAUUGAUUAUCACAAUUAUAAUUAUUUAUUGUUUCACACUCUUGACAUAUCACUCUCGACAAUCACUCUCGACAAUUACUCAGACUCCUCAAUAAAUAUUUCUGAGUUACAUUACACAGGUUUUUGUUGUACAAAGUAUUUCAGGUGUUCUCAGGUUUUUUAAGUUUUGAUUAGCAAUGACAAAUAUUAUUAUGCACAUAUCCAUUUAGCAGCUCGCAGCGAAGAUAUCUGCCUGUACAUUUUAGAUUACACUUCAUACCUGUAUUGGAAUGGACUACAGAAUUACUGAUCUACUGUGAAAUUCAGGAGAAGCCAAGGAAAGAAUUGCUAACAUUGCUUGAAAGAAACAUACAUGUAUCUGUUUUAUACAGUUAAAAAAAUUAUGCAAUGUGGUAUGUUUAUGGCGGUUAGUCAUUAUUUGCAUUUCUGUCCACACUUAGUGAACUCCUCUCAGGUGAUCAGCAGCAAUAUCGGGCAGGAAGUAGGGGUAUUUAGCAAAUCUUGCCAGCUACUGGAACAGUUGACUGUCUACAGGCCAGCUGGUCUCACUGGAGGUCGUCUGAGAUCCUGAGAACUCAUCAUCCUUAGCUGCAGUUAUUAAGAGCACUUCGACUCUAAAUCAAAAUGUCACAAACUUAUUCAACGUUUUUAUCUCUUUAGUGACAAGUAUGAUUUUGCGAAGUGAUGUCUUUGUGGACACUAUCAGUAAGAUCGAGAUCUUAACUACCACAAGAGAGUUGCUGCUUGGAGAACCUCCAGAAGUUUGUCAUAUACAGGCAUUUGACACUGAAGGUAACAAUAACAUCUUUAUAUAGCAUUGUUUAAAGAAUUAACAGUGUAACCUUUCAAGUAAAUUUAUCUCUACCACAACUGUUAGAGUUGUUUUUCAGAAAGUGGGGAUUUAACACUGUUGACAGUUUCUCAGUUGUGUCAGACAACACCAGAUUAGAAAGGGUGGUGUAAUAAUGGAUAAAACACUGUCUUGAAAAGAGCUUGUGAGCACAGUGGAUAAAAAGAUCCCCUCUAGAUUAGUAUUAUUGUGUUAAGGGCGAAAAGUCCUACCAAAUUCUGCUUGCAUGGUUGUCUUGAAUAGCUCCUGUGGUGUGUAUAAUUGAGGGCCAUUGCUGUCAAGUUGUAUUAGGCUGGCACCAUCUCUAUGCCAUAACUUCCUAAAAUCUGUACUUUCUUAAUCUCAAAUAAUGCAUCUGCUGAAUGGCAUGUUAUCUGCUGAGCCAGACUCUGUUUAAACCAGCUGCUCUUUUAUUGCUAAACCAGAUUUUCUGUAUAAAUAAAUAAACUAAUUAAUUAAAUAAAAUUGUCCUUAAUUAUUUUGCCUUGUCUUUACUCUUCAACCGCUGUAGUUCAUAAAAGUGAGAGCAAAAUGUUCAAAACUCAAGUGAAGCCAUAAUCUAUAAGUAACUGGUUUUACUGCAAAGUAGUGAACAGUGUUUUGCUCUGCAUAGGAGUGUUGCAUAUUUGAUUGUACAAGCAUACUUUGUUUAUAAGUUACACCUGCAUUGGAAAUCACUUAAAUAUGUAAUUAGAGGGUUGAACAGCGAGAAAUUUCUUUUGUGUCUAUUUUCUUUUUGUUUCCUUUGAAAGUAAAGGUGUAGGCAGGGAUCAGGAAUUGAAAUUCAAGCUUUCGCCGAUCAACAGCAUCAUAUGUAAUAAGAAGCAGGGCUGUGCUCUAGCAGAGCUCAGUGGCCCCUGGCACCUAACUUUUGCUCUUGGGUGACUGGGAAAUACAAAUCAUAUGCUGGGCACCCUUGAUUUUACAGGUUCAGAGCACUGGGCUCCCCUCAGUUUUCCUUGGAUCACACCGUUGGGAAGGUCGAAGAGCGAGAAAUUACAUGAUACCAUUAAUCGGUGAAAACUUGGUUUCCAAUUUUACUUUUUAAAAGCAGCAGUUUAAGGCCUCAUUAGAACAAUGUUUUUUAUUUUUAAUCAUGCUACUGAAGGACAACAUGAACAGAUUAAUAAAACUGUUUACAAGGGUACAUUGUAGCUAUUGUUUUAGGGUCUGAAAGCAAAAGUUACACUUGUAAAAGUUUUGUUAAAUUGACUCCAGGGCCCAGUUGUUCGAAGGCCGAUUAGCGCUUAACGUGGGGUUACAUUUAACCAAGGUUUCUUUUUCUUUCGUUCAAAAGCAUUUUCUCGGGUAAUUUUCUCUGUUAUUUUUAGAGCUUCCAAUCAUCAACUUGUAGAAAAAAAGAAUUAAAACUGAAAUGCUUUUUAAGCUUUCAAAUCUAAAUUCAAAUCUCGCACUAACCUUGGGUUAACCCAGCUUUGAACAACUUGGCCCUGGCUUGUAAAAGGUGGGGGAAAUCCCCAGCCCUUAGAACUUGAUGAAAGUACCCUAAUUUGCCAUAGGAAAUACAAGGUUAAGCAGCAAAUGGUUAGAAUGAACUUCUGGAUUGUUGCUUUUGGAACAGGUAAUGUGUUUUCUAGUCUGGAUGGUGUUGAAUUUGUUUGGGAACUUAAAACUGUGGAAGGAGUUGGAUCAGUUAAUGCUGAGUCUGUCUUAAGGUGAGUUAUGUUCCACAGGGCUCCUGGCACAGUCCUGAAAAGAAUGUGUAUAAGUUGUUUAAAAUUAAUAGAACCUUGAGAAGUGCUUAAAUUCUCUAAAAAUUAUUGGAAAAUCUUUGAGAUAAGUAAUGGAGUAUGGAAGAAUUAAAGAGAAUUUUUAUCAGCAUGGAUCUUAGCAGUGUUCUUCCUUUCUAAUAAAAAUUGCUCAGCAAUCUGCAAAAGUGACAAAAUAACUUCAGUACAUGUAUCUUACUAACAACAACAACAAGAACUACUUUAUUUUUUUGUCUGGGUGGUUUACAGACUGAAAUUAACAUACUAUACAUGUACAUGUAGCUAACUACUAAACAAAGGUAAGUUAACAGUUUGCUGAAGUACCGUGUAUCAUAAAUUAAAGAAAACUAACAUGAUUGACACUUGUGAUGAUCUAAUUAGGUUACUCACUCCUUUGUUUGUUGUUUUCCUUUCAGGUUUAUGCAGUUUGAGUUUUCAAGCUAUGAAACCUGUCCUGAGAUAUAUUCUUUGGAAGAGAAGGUUUUUAUUGUUCAUAUACAUGUGUACAUUGUAUCUACUGGUGCACGUGUGUGGGCUGAAAAUAGACUUUACAUGUAGUUGUCUUCUGAAGUACAGUGUAUAGUUGGAUAGUAUUAUAGAGGAUUCUUUCCUUGAAUAAUUAACUUUAAUAACUAAUUACAGUUUUAUGCCUUCUUAAAUGGUAGGAAAGGCUGAUACAUGUACAUGUUGACUCGUAAUUCCUUGUUGUUGUUUUUUUUUUUCACAAGAAAGUGCUUGUUAGAGUGACACCCCAAUCCCAGGAGUAACAAAAUUAUGACUUCAACCUCACUAAUGGUAAAAUGCGUGUACAUGGAACAGGACCCUGUUAUUUUUCCCCUGUUUUAACGAUUUUGAGAACUUUCCAUUCACUUUGUUCACUCUGAUAUAAUUAUUAGGGUUGCACUGAUUUUGUUGGAUUGGGGACUUGGUAGGGAUUCCCUGAGUUUUCAUUUAUCGAAGGUACACGUACCAGUACAGUAAUUACUAACUAUGAGAAAUAGUGGUGCUUUGUGUUAUUUCUUAAAACUUUAAAAUAACAAAAAUGUAAAUAUAAUGGCUCACUACAGCACAAUCAAAACACAAAUGGACAUCCAACCAAUAAGUUUUUGAGAGCAACAACAACUGCCAGUAAGUGGGUGAAAUGUUACAAUGUACAUCUUUAUUAAGAUUUUGGUGCUUGCGAUAGCAACCAAAUUGUAGUUGUACAUUCACCCAAGUGCUACUUAAAAUAUAGGUACAAAAGUUUGUACCUUGGAUUCGUAGGUUACAGCUUAACGACUUGUUCAUUUUCGUUAAACUUGUUGUUUUCAUUCCUUUUCACUAAAAGGAGAGCUCAGUUUAACAUGGUACUUGAAUCUGAUUGUUUAGGGUCCUGUAUCAGUACUAUAGACUCUGAACAUUACAGGUACUAUCUUUUAUUUAAGGGCUCUCGUGGGAGCAGUAUUGUUGUUGAACCAAUAAACACUGGAACAGCGAUUGUCAAGGCAAAACUUAAGGACAAAGCCUUUGCUGUAAGUGAUUUUGUUCGAAUAGCAGAACAAUGUUAUUACAGUAAAAUCCUGCCCUACAACCUCCCCCUGUACGUGACUAACUUGUUACUGCAACAUCAUUUUUUUGCCCUUCCCUUAUAUUUUCAACUCCUAGUAUUUGAAAAACCUUUAGUAUGACCAACUCUCAAAUGCAACCAGACUUUCGUGGCUUAGCCUGCGUAGCAGGCGCUUGGAAGUAGUAGGCGCAAGAAAAAACGGGUGCGCAAGAAGGAGACACGCGAGGGGAGAGGGAGUGCCUGCCCAGAAGGCCCACGAAAAUUGUCUCCCACCCCCAACCUAAUUACCUGGCAGCCGUUGCAUGAUGUCAAAAGUUUUGACAGAAAACAACUGACCUCGCACAAACAAAGCGUGCCGCCAAAAAGUGUUGUACAUUUUAUCCUCGGUCUAAAUGUUUCUGUUAUAAAGAUCAGCUGGGUUAUCUGAUUAUAGAGGGAUGGAGCGAUAAACUGAUGGUUAACACAGCUUUAAAUCGUUUUUAACCACGGGCACAAUAAAUACUUUUAGGAAAGAACAAAGUCAACAUGGGUAUCUUUUAAAGAAUGCAUGCUGUGUAUUAUAAAAAGUUGUUAAAUGUUGUUCUCUGAGCUUACUUACCACAACUGUACAGACACCAACGAUCACAGCGUACGUGGAAAAUGACCAUUGCUUUUACUGCGUUAAGUGGCAGCCAUGUUUGGAGCAGACAUUUCUCACUAAGCUGACCUAAACUUCAGAACACAAAGUGUACCGACACACUUUCUACUGCAGUAACGAGACAUAAACAACAGACCUCAGGUCGACUCCGAACGGCGAAUAAUACAAUAGUGAAAGGUUUUUUCAAAUUCAUGCCCCUGGUAAGUGUUUCGUUUCAUCAAUCUUUAUCAUAAAACUGUGAAAGGUUUGAACCCAGGAGUCAUAUCAAAAGGUUGAGUUUGAUCGUCCGGGUGAACGUAGUCCUGAAUAGGACUGUUGUUGACAGUGACUGACGUUUCGACAACCUGUGCGGUAGUCAUCUUCAGAGUCAAAGUGAGUUGUGUCACGUCAGUUGAUGGUAUUAUACUCUGGUUAUUGAUCUGAUUGGUCAAUUAUGUCGCGAUGUUAUUGGUCGUCUGUCAGUUAAGCCGUGAUGUUAUUGGCUAUGAAGACUGGUAAUCAGUGAUUGGUGCGUUUCGAUCCGUCUAUUGUCACAGUUAAACGGUCGUCUAUUGUUAGUCAAAUUGUCAGUUCUCCAGUUGUUCUCUCGUAGUUAGUUUUCCUUGAUCUCGUCAAUAAGUCGUUUGUACGGCGCUGGUAACUGUUGGCUACGGUUCAGUGGCAUUUGUUCUAAGUUAGUAAACCAGCUUUCUAAAGUAAGACGUUGAUAGUAGUCUGUAGAAUACGUUAUACAUGUCGCAGAGUCCCAGUCAAUUUGAUGUUUCGUCUUUAAAUGGUGCUCAGCAAUGUGAUUGUUGACGUCACCAUUCCUCGUCGCGCGUUUGUGUUCGGUCAGUCGCGUGCUUAGGUUUCUGCCGGUUUCACCAAUGAUGGUGAUGCGUUUCAUCGACAACACAAGCCGGCAAGUUCUCCUGAGCAAAGAAUAUUUCUUCUGAUCUUCAUUGCAACGAUUCAACAAAUCUUUGUCUUCUGCCACUUCUGUUAAUGCGUAUCUGAUGUCAGUUCUUUCCAUCGUGAAUACCGUUUGAACACUCCAAAUUUUCUUUGAGAUUACAGCCACAUAGUCCCAUUAAACCAGAUUGAAGUGACCUCCGAGACCUGAACUUUGAUUGUAUACAAUUUAGUGGUUUCAGGAGCUAGUGGUGUAAUAUAAGACCUUCACUACGUUGUCCAUGUACUAUUGAUUGACAGUUCUCUCACCCCGUGCAGUACAUUUUUCCCUCGGGAGCCUGUCGACCAACUGGAAAUAUCUGCACUCACAGAAUGCGAGUUGAAAUGAUUUUCGGGGGCCUGCCGUGCAGGUGCUCCCUCACCCCUUGUGUCUCCCUUGCACUCGCCUGUUCUCUCUUUCGCCCUCUACUUCCAAGCGCCUGCUAUGCAGGCUAUUCGUGGCUUGUUUUGGUCGCUUAGACAGGGUCUCACCGUGUUAAAUGUAUUACGAAGUUAAACUUUUGCUUGCAAUGUCAUGUGUCCUAACUUGGAUAAGACAUCAUGACCGUUCAAAUAGCAAACCCACUGCAGUACUUAAAGAUUUUCAGUGGUAACAGAUUAAAGUGAUGUGGGAGUAUAGUUAUUUUCUGACAAGUUUUUUGCCAAUGUUUAGAAUGUACCUCCAGCUCAAGUAAAGCUUAUUGUACUGGAUAAUGUGAUGUUGGUACCAGGACAUGAUAUGUACAUUCUUGUUAACACGUCAAUCACAUACAGCGUCAUCAGAUUGCGACAAGGCAGGACAGCAGGUUAGGUUUUUGUUGUCUAGUUACUGUAGUAAUGCAUAGCGGAACUCCACGCACGCAAGUAGAGCCCCAUAGCUAAGAAAAUUUGUUAUCUAUCCAUGCAAAAAAAUUUGGCAGUCACGUGACCAUACGUCUGUCCUUCCAUCAAUCCGUCCAUACCACAGGGAACCAAUGUUAAAUCUCACAAUCAUUUUCUAGCUAGUGUGGGAGCCUGCAACCUGAUAGUGCACAUCCAUAUUGUGGUCAAUUGACAGCUGUCAAAACAGGGUAUCUGCUGACCUGUGUCACAAGACUGUAUCACAGGAUCAGGUGUCGACCCAUCAAGUUUGCAUGUUUUUUUUUUAAGUUAUCUGCUGACAAGUUACUGAUUUUCAAAUGAUCGCAGGCUCAAGUGAAAUUUUUUUCCAUCCACAGGUCAUAAGUUGUGUCUAUAAGCCACGCUAUUAAAGUUUUGAUUUCAAACUGACUUCAGACUCGAAAAUUCAGCUAGUUUUUACAGGCAGGGAAGGCAGUUGCUUUUGGCUUUUCUCACUGUGCUCACUUGUUGGUCAUGCUCUACAUCCCAUUUUUAUCUCUGAUUGGUCAAAAUUUGACAGGUGAAUUCAUGUCAAAAAUCUAUACUGCAUCUGGAAACUUGUUUACUGAUAGCUGAAGCUGACAGAGUUUUGUGUCAUCUUAUGAUGUUAUUAACUGUCUUUUUCCUCGUUUUCCCAUGAACCAAAACUGACAUUAUAUAUUUCCAAAAAAGUCAUUACUUAAAGCUUGUAGCACCAUGAAGCACUCAUAGUCAACAAUAAGAAUAAAUUACAGUGGUAAGAUGAAAAUAAGCUUAUGUGAAUUAUUAGUAUGUACACAGUCUGUAAGAGUAACCCGUAACACAUUAAAUAUCAUUAUCGUACACAAUGUAUUUGUCCAGUGCCUCCAAAUAAUUAUAAUGAUUUCUGGUGUACAUUCUUUUCUACAUUCAGAUUCAUGGUUGUUUAUCAUUGUAUAACCUUUAAUGUUCAUGUUACGCACGCAACAGAUAAACACACACAGUGCAGAUAAACUUGCGAAGAGUAGAAUAAUUAUUGUUUUUGUUAAGUAUAGUUCCUUUGUAUUAUACUCUGAUUAUAUUUAUUCUCGGCUGAGGAAUUACUUUAUAUGCAGGGAGAAAUGCAAAACUUGAAAAUUAACUACGGAAAGUGGACAUAUUUAUAAUUUUGUGACUGAAAGUGCGUGAACCCCAAUGUCUGUUUCAAUGUGCGAAUUGUAAACAACAGUUCUAGUUGCAUUUCACCUAGGAUUUCAGAUCAAAGUUCCGCAAUACACAGUGACGUGUUACAUACUGAUAACAACCGAAACAACUGAACAGCAGGGAAAUUUAUUUGAUUUUCAAUGCGAUCGAAUGUGACCUGUCAACUCCCCAAUCAGUUCAGGCAUUUCAAGCUCUGAACCAGAACGUGCUACACGUACAUUACUUGCAUGUGAGACAGUUUCCGGUAGCCUUAUCGGGAGCUUCACCUUUAGCCCUGGCUAAAUCUAUAUAUCAGAAUACUGCUAUGGUUAUUGAAAAAGUCCUGUUUUUUAAUGAAUAUUUAUGGAGUUUUCACCAUCCUGUUUCGCUCACCUCUCACCUCUCUUUAACAGUUGUUCCAAUGCCGUCUUCACAGUUUGAGUUUAAACUGAGCAAUACCUCUGUGGCUCAACUAGAUGUCAAGAAGUCAAGUGUGUUGGGUGUUAAGCUAGGCUACACAAAAGUAACUUUAGAGGACAAAAGUAUCCUUUGUGAUUUAAGUAAAGCUGAAGCUGUCAAAUUCCGGUGUGUUAAUGUCAAUUGGUGGUUCCAGAAAAUAUCAUACUUGUACUACAGAAGGCAUCUCAGAACUUUGAAGGGGAGGGGAGGGGCCAGUGAACUGGAAUUCCAAGUCAAUGGUGGGCAUCAUUAGACUGCAAUUUCAAAGGCUUGGGGGCAGGGGCUUUCAGCUCUAGAUCUCCGUGUCAAGCAAGGGCUCUGAUGGUAUGUUGUAUUGGCUGGAGUUGCAAAAGCCUAAGCCCCACUUACAUUUGUUUUUUUUUUUAGUUUUCAUUUGUCACUCAAUGCCUUAUGAUCCCUACUGCUUGCAAACUCGUGUGAUGGGUUAAAAGAAAAACUAAGUUAUAAAAGCACAGUCAAGGCUGUUCACCAUUCUUUUAAGAAAUAAUAUUUAUGUGCGUGCUUAUUCGAUAACCUGAAACCAGUGAAAGGCACUUAACGUUAGCAAUCAAAACGUAUGUCAAAGAAGCAAGAAGUGUGUUGGGACUUGUUUUACGGUGUUUUUCAAGAAUGUCCCCCUUUCUACCACUUUCCAAAUCAUGGCCUUUGGCUGAUUAAGAAAGGAAGACGAAGAGCUUGUUUGAUCAGGUCUUUGCAUUGGUCUUUCAGAAAUAUUAAUGCAAGUUUAUUUUGAAGGGAGUGAAUAGAUAAAAAGGUGGUUGGAAGUGAGAGAUGUUGGAAGAAAAAACGGAAAUUCCUGAGGAGUUUGAAAAUUUAUAGAAUUCCAAAGGCAUGAAGUUAGAACAGUUUGGAAUUACAAAGGCAAGGGAGGAUUGAGCCUUUUCGAAGUUCCAAUAGCAGGGGAGAUAAUAGAUGAAGAUAUCCUCUUUGGUGUGUGUAUGUGUGUAUGUUCUGCCCACAGGAAGGACCUUCCUUAUAGUUCCUUAUCUAAGGCACGCCUCUUGACUGCUACGUAAAAGGCCGCCAUCCUUCACUUUAUCCAGCAUUCCCACUCGAGGUCUUCAAGGUGGCCUCUUUCCUAUUAUUAUCCCCUUAAUAACCAAUCGGGUAACAUCACCAUUCCGUAGGGUAUUACCAAGCCAGACUGUCGUCUGUUGAUUACAGAAAUGUACGCCCUCUCCUUAACGACGCACCUCAAUACUUCUUCGUUACAGACUUUGUCAGACUAGGAAAUGUUUUUAGACCUUUCUCCAAACUAGGCCACCUCUCACAGCUCUCCAGCCUUCGCAUGUCCUUUUUCUUCAAGUUCCACUAUUGGGCUCCAUACAGAAGAGUGCUCCAAGUGACAGUCCAUAUAAUUCUCUUCUUCAGGCAAUUAGGCUGAAGGCUUUUGUCAUCAGUUCUUUUCUUUCAGUAAAUGUGUUCAUUGCUAGGGCUAUUCUCGAUCUAAAGUCCUCACAGGAUCCAUCCUAAGUGAUAAGGCUCCCAAGACAGUUAAGAUGCGGUUCUUGGCUUAAUUGUUUACCCUGAAGAAAGAUCAUGAAUUACACACGAGGCAUCUUACUGGUUUUCAUCACCUUAGUCUUUUUAACAUUGAUCUUCAUACCAUAUUCCUCUGUGGUCUCCUGUAUUUUAUCCAUCAUAAGUUGCAGACCUUUAACUGAGCUGGCUAAGGUUACGUGAUCAUCCGCCAAGAGCUCUGUCUUAAUGAGAUGGCCUCCCACUCGAAUGCCUUCAUUCACACCACUUAAAGCAUCUCUCAACAUAGCUUUGCCAUGGCCGUUCACUGCUGAGUCUGAUAAGCCAUCUUUCACCCUGACUCUCACACUUUGCCCCAUAAAAGCCUUUCAAUCAGCCAUCGGUCAUGCCAGUCAACUCCUAUGGAUUUCAAAACUUCCAGGAGCUUCACCCAAUUUACUCUGUUGAAGGCCUUUUCCUUGUCUACAAAACACACAUACACAUCCUGUUCGUGGUCGAUACAGCUUUCACUGACUAGUCUCACAACUGCAAUAGCUUCUCUUGUGCCAACUCCUUUCCUAAAACUGAAACUGGUUGAUACCAAGGAGCGCCUCUACCUUAGACUUCAUUCUACUUGUCAACAGGCAAAGAAUAACUUAAGAUGCAUGCACUUAGAGAGUAAGACUCUGGUGAAGGGUGUGGAUAUUUUCUCGAAAAACUUCCUCUGUUCCGCUUGCUGUUUAAAUGUUUUGAUUUUACAAGGAAUUUUUGGUGUAGACAUUCUCCAUUUUGUGUUUUUUUAGUAUGCUUUAGUACUUCCUACCUUUUCAUGGCCAUCUUGAAUUAUGUCGUUGGCAUACCAUGGUCACAUGCUAGCCAACAAAAAAAACUCAUAUUCAGCAAGAUCUGUCUUUCUGUCUAAAGAACAGCUUUACCAUCAAACCCAAGAUACUGUCGAGAAUUUGUGAGGAAUGAAUAAUUGUAAAGACUGGUACGAGAAAACAAAUCAACAACAACAACAACAACAGUUUAUUCAGUUGUCAAAUGAGUUAGGUCUUAUGUUACCCACAAUUAGCGGAGCUAUUCUAGGUGGGGUUCAAUGCAAUAAUUGUCUCCUAUAAAGUCGGCAAAAGAACGUAAGUAAAGAGAAAGCAAAAAUAGAAUGAAAUAAAUAAAUAAAUAAAAGCUAGUACCUAUAGAUAUAAGGAAGGAAAACACUUUAACUGAAUAAGGAGUUCAGGUAGGAACUGGUAAUGGUACUGAUAUCAACAUACACCUGUUUAGUCUCCAAAACCUUGAUCAGUAAUUUAUGUAAUUUACGCUUGACAGGGUCUUUGCGCUGUUCACGUAACGUAAUCUAUUACUACUAGUUCACAACUGCAUCACUAAAUGGAGGUUGGGUGCCUGGAGUUUCCAGGGACUUCUACUUUUGGCAGCCAGCCACAACACCACCAUAUACCUUAACAGAAGAGUGAUGCAAACAAUCAUCCAAGUGAGAACAAAAACACAACAAAGUUUGCUCAUUAUUAGGCUGCAUGGAUUCAUUUGGACUGAUGUAGCCAUCUAAAGUACAAAAGUUGAUAACUCGACGCUUCACAGGAAGAUACACUUAAUGAGUCAAUGGAGCCAGACCAUCCAUGGGAUAAAAUUUUCCUUUGAGUUAAACUACAGGUAGCUGGGCCAAAAGCAAAGAAGUCACUGGCAUUGCUACUGGAGAGACAUGGGGAGCUUGCUGAUAGAACCACUGAAAUUGAAAAUGAGAAAGGGCAUCAGCCUUGGAAUUGGAUUUCCUGGCCACAUGAGGAGCAGUAAAAACGAAGGAGUACUGAGUUGCCAACUAGGAGAGGUUCCCAACCAGCACCAUCAAGUUUGAAUCUCAUGACGUACGCGACUGCAACACUUUGACCACUGCUAUAUUGUGCAGGACACUGAUCACCCCACACAGGUGCGGCCGUGGCUAUAGGAAAAAGGUCCUAGUAGGCAAUGGAUAGAGGGAUCUGCAAAGUAGACCAGUUCCCCACAAACCAUUCUGUACCCAAACUAGCCCCAUAUCCAACAGAGCCUGGAGCAUCUGAGGGGAGUUGACGAUCUGGCACUAAGGCCAGUUGCUAACUGACAAGUAAUUACAGCUAGAGGACCUUAUAGCUCAAGUUGGCUAGUAAUGAGAAAUUAGUUCAGAUAAUAUAAGCACAAGACUUUCCAUUUAACACUUUAAAUGUCAUCAAAAGCAUUUUGAAACUUGUACGUUUGUGAACCGGAAGCCAGUGCCAGUUAUGAAGUACAGGGGUGACAUGUUCAUGUUUCUUAGGUCUAGUUACCAGGCUUGCUGCAGUGGUAGUCAAAUUUGACUGUAGUAAAGGCAUGAGCUGCCCUUUCACAAUCCGAUUGGGACAGAAAUCUACGAUUUCUUCUUGUGUUUUUAAUGGCAAGCAAGGCUGACUUGCAGAUGUUAUUAACGUCACGUCCAACUGUAGCUGAUCUCUACCACCCUUUUUGUGCCUGGGGCAACAAAUAAGUAUGGGGCUUAUGUUAUUAAACAUGUAAAUUCUCUGCUACGAGGUUAGCUAACUCCACAAAAACGUCACUAGUUAUUUUGGCAACUAGUUUCCGGGGUAUAAGCGCAUAGUUAGAGCCGAGUACGAAGGCUUUUCUGACUGAGGGUGAAUUGGUUGAGCUGUUGGUCAACAGCAACCAAGGAAAAUGAAAAAUGGCCAAAAGACAUUUCUCCCCUUUAAUUAAGUUCGUGAGUAUGUAAUUAAAAAUGUAAUCUUUUAUUAGACACUUUUUUUUGUUUUUUUUGUAUUUUUGUAUUUUUGUAUGUGUGGUUAUGUUUUUGUUUUUUAUUUCAGAGCGUACUGUAAAUAUUAAGUGUUAAUCUCUCUUUUAUCUACAUAAUUAAGUAUUAAUUAAUUCUUUGUAAAAUAAGCCUCAUUCGGCAAUUGCGCGGCUGUUUUGUGGCUGUAAUGUAUAUAAUUGUGAAAUGUAGAUAAUUGUAAGUAUGUCUGUUAUUGCGGUUGUUUAGAACUUUGUAAUUAUUUUCUUUUUCAGUAGUUCUUUGUAAUUAUAGUAAUAAAUGUCUUGAAUAAAAAGUAAAAAAUAAAAAAAAAAACAGCAACCAAGAAGAGACAGACAAAGAUGGCAUAGACGGGUGGCUGGGUAGCAGGGGAGACCGUGGGGUUGGCAAUAAUUAGAAUUUUGUGGAGGGAAAAGAAGACACUAUCAUGUUACCUGUGGCAGAGGACGAGCUCGGAGGAGUUGAAUUCGCCAUGUUUGCUGAGGUCACACUAACGGUGGGAGAAACUUCCACUGGCCUGCUUGAAAAAGUGGCUGCUACAUUUGCCUAAAACUCGGCUAAAAUUUGCAGAAGCAAUUGUUGGAACGCUAACAUAACAAGGAAAUGUUACCUUGACACAAUAUUCAGAUAUGUUGCACAUUCACAGUGUUCAUCAACCUGCUGCUGGCGUUUAUGUGGUUGAACCAGCAUUCUUAGGUUUGUAACAACUAUAGUAGUACAGGGGGUUUACUCUAGCAGAUCUUACUGGGCACUUCAGGGGUUGGCAAGUCGUCUUUAUUAAGACAGUUAUCUGUGAGGAAAUUGUGGAACAGCGAGGAUUUAAUAUUGGUAUAUAUUUUUUAAAGUUAAGUGUUAUCUAAACAAUUGCCAGUAUGAUCAGAAUUAUUGAGAUCUCUUUGCCUUGUCAUGUAACAUUAAUUAGUAAUGUUAAAUUAAAAGGGAAGCAAAUUCUUGAACUUUUGUUACUUCACUAAGAACCAGCAUUCCGUACUGUAACCAGCCAUUUAAGCAUAGCAGCAAUUUAAAUCGGCAUUAUGUAUGUUUUUCUUUUUUAUGUGAAUAUGAAGUAUUUUUCGCCUCCAACUUUACAUUAUCAAAGUACAUAGAAUUAUAACUAUAUCCACUUUUCAGGUUUUAGCAUCACUCCACACUCCGACUGGUUUCUUGAAGUUGGUGUUGAAUAUGAUGUGUCUGUGCAACUUUACACAUACGAGAAUCGCAAGAUCUAUAUCACAGAUGUAAGUACAGCCUGACAUUUGCUCCUCUAUUAGCUGCUUUAGCCUGGUUGCUCCGUUUCAUGCAUUUACAUGUAUAUUUAAAAGUCAAUUAGCUGGAAGCAGUUAGUGGGCCAUUCCAAGCGUGGUGGAAGAGAUGAACCCUUAAGGACCAAGAAACAAAUGCACCUUGUGGUCAGGACAUGUCUCAUACCCUCUGAACAGUUUGCUGCUUGACUACGCUGCUAGGGCUUUCGUGUAAAAUGUCACUUUCCCUGAGUAAUAAAUUAUCAGUAAGCAAUUAUUUUAUUUCUUGUUAAUGUGCCUUCUUGGAUGCUGAAUUUAAAAUUUGAAGCGGAAGACUUGGCUACUAAAAGAUGAAACUUCGAGAAUUCUGUAUUUCACACAAUUCUUACACAAGCCUGGAUUUUUAAAUCAAUUUUAAGAACUUGACUAAUGUGCAGUGCAAGAUGUUAUGUCCUGAUUUUAGUUCUAUUUCUUUUGAUUAAUUAGAAUAUUCAGAUUGUAGCUUCCUUUGAUGAUGCAUACUUCAAAGAAUUGUGGUCAUCAAAAAAUGGCUCAUUCUACCAUGUUAAAACACUUCAGAAAGGAAAAACAGUACUGACUGCUCUUCUCACAAGUAUUAAGGUAAGAUCCAGUGCCUUUCAUUCCUCAUAUUGUUCUUGUUUACAAUGUCUGCCAGGACCAAACGGCCAUGAUAGUGAAUGAAACUAUCAUCAACUAUCAUUUACUAUCAAUGACAUUAACAAUCACUGACUAUGUAUAUUAUAUUUAAUAUUAAUAUUAAAGGCCGAUCCAUAAAUGUUAGAGGUUUAGACAAAUCACAAAAAUGGAGUAUAACCUAUGGAACGAUGAUUUUGAAGUAUCAAAAGUAGAAACUGUUCGACAUGGCAGACAUUUCAUAAAAUACUUGGGGCCUCUCACUUGGUCAAAGCUUCCCGAAAUGUAAGAACUGCCUAAAGUCUAGAUUCAUUCCCCAGCUUCAGCAAAUAAGCCUCAGAGCUCUCUAGUUUUGAUUUCUGCACAUUUGAAGACAGUCGUGACCAUACAUUGCGCUGCACAAAAUCCUGCUCAAAUUUAACCUUAAAAUGCUAUGCUAAAACAUUUAUGAAAGUUGUCACCUACAUGUAAGUAGUGUAAGAGUAUUGACAGACGAUCUCCCAUCUAAACUAAGUGGCCGUGUCUAUUAAGAGAAAAUGACAUUCCUAGAUAUGAUCUGAGGAGUCCGGAAUUGACAGGAAGGAUCUUGUAAACGUGAUUUUGUUAGGAGCCCCCUGGCUGAAAGUGCUGAUUGAUGAUGAUGAUUUCCUUUCUGAAAGGGUGCUCUUACCAAGAAACUGAGUAAUCAGAAGUAUACUGCAAAUACAGUUAGAGCUACAAGAAUGGAUGAAAGAUGAUAAUCAUUAUUGAGGAAUCUUUAUUGUGAUAAUCUUUAUUGUGGGACUAAUUAAACUAACUUCACAUAACAAAAAACACGAAAUAAGAAACAAAUACCACGAACUCUUGUGGCUCAGUUAAAUCAUUCUUGCUGAAAAACGGCAUUCAAACAUGUAACCAGCUACCUAUAAAUAGGUUCAGGCCACCUUAAAUUAAGUUUUAUUCAUUUUUUCUUGAAGGUUAUCGAAACAAAAAUGUACUUCUGUGCUAUACCAUGGUUCGUCUUAAGAGCAAUUAUGAUAAUCUUGAAUUCAAUACCCUUACUACAUAACAUUUGGCGACACUUUAAUUAAGCGAUUUUUUUCGAAAAAUCGCUAAAUUUAAAUGCACCAAAAUUAAGUGUCGCUAAAUUAAAGUGAGUACAAUAUGAAAUUCCGCCAUCUGGUUAGUUUCAUACACAUGCUAUUUGACGGUCGCUUGUGACGUGUAUCAUUAACUUUAAGUAAAAGUGUACCUUAAAUAUGAAUGAGGACAGCAUUAAGAUAUGACAUUACAGUUGCAGUUUCGUUUGUUUCGUUCAAAAUUAAGUUUCAGAACGUUGUAUGUUUUUGAUUUAAAUGAAGCCAUUGAUGUUUGUGAUUUUAUCACAUAAAUGUUCUAUGGCCGUCGUAAAAGUUUUGAAUAACUUAAUUCGCCAAAGUUUCAGUUCGUGAAAUCGCUAAAAUUAAGUGACUUAUGUUCCAAAAUUUACGAAAAAUCGCUAAAUGAACAUGUCGCUAAAAUUUCACGUAAUAAGAUAAUUCUAAGGCUGCGUGCAAACAUACGCACAAUUCCCAACCUUGUUGCUCCAACAAUGUUGGGAGUUGUUGCGUGCGUGUUGGCAGUGGUGUGCAAACGGAUGCAACAACUCCCAACAAUGUUGGGACCUGCAUUGCAUCGUGGGAAGGAUAAACCCAUAAGUCUUUGUAAACCAUGCAUAAUGAGCGUGUGUGGCGCCAACAAUGUUGGAAGAGCUGUGCAAACGGAUCCAACAUUGUUGCGCUACGCUUCGGCGAUCAUGGAACAAAAGAAAUUUUGGGAGUUGUUGGCAGAAACGUUUGACCGGUUUCAAACUUAAUGCAACAACACGCAACAACAACAUGCAGCAGGCUGUGCAAACGGACGCAACAUGUAACAUCCAACAAUGUUGGGAGUUGUUGGCCAACAAUGUUGCGUCCGUUUGCACGGGGCUUAAGCCUCUACAUAUAACUGGUAACCAACGUAAAAAAUCUUUGUGGUAUUAUGACAGAACUCUUCUGGCUUUGUUCCAAACAGGCUGAACUCUUUCUUUUGAAUUGCUAGGCUGAACUCUUUUUCUUUUGAAUUAUAACCCAGUUUGAAUAGUCUAAAAUUCAUAGCUGGGUUAGCAGUAUUGUGUCCUUGAUGUUAUUUCAGUAUUAUUGUUGUUUCUUCAAUACAUGGUAGAUACUUGGAACAGAUACCAUCCAUACAUUUGAGCAUCCAAUCUCAGGACAGCAGGAAGCUGAGAUUUUUGACCCAGUGGUUGUUAACCCUGAGAUUGUACUUUUCCCAUGGUAUCCUGCACCUCAACAGAAUGUUGCUGCUCCCAAUCAAUACCAGUUUUUGUUGCAGGUAAUAAUAAUAGGAUGUAAGAUUGUUAUUUUAGCCAGUUUUUAAUUAUAAUUUGCCUCAAAAUAAUUGGAUGUAAGGUUCUUACGCUCACUCAGUUUUCAGUCAGACCCACGUUUGUUUAUCACCAUGUAAGAAAUUGUAAAUUAGUUCAUUAUCCAGUAAUAGGCUUUAUUUUAGGUGACAUGAUGUUAUGUUUGUGAAAUUUUCACCCCUUUAUUGCAAUUAUUCCCUUGAAUUGCUUUCCAGUUUGGGAUUUUUUCUGGUAACUUUUAGGUUCAUUUUUGGACUGCCCUCUCAGGUUUUUUAAAUUUUAAAAUCCCACAGAAUCUUGCAUGUUCCCUCUCCACCUUCACUGUCUUGUCCAGAAUUCCGUUCUUACCACUUCUCAGAAGUGUAUCAUUGUUUCAACCUUGACAUGUCGGUUUUUGUGGUGUAUCUGUGCUAAUAUCUUAGCACACUGUCAAUCACGCACUGUUUGCUUCCAAUAUCAGAAGUUUCAGCCAAAUGUGUUAGCAAAAGUCUUCCUAGGUGCAAUUUUCUCUGAAUGAUAGGCUACACGUAAGCGCUAAUUUCGUAGAAAAAAUGUUUACGACCAGUAUAUAUUGCCGAUUGAAAUGUGUAGACUUAGGAAUAAAAGUAAGUGAAAAGAUUUUAACACAACGUUUCGAUGUAACCAUGAUAUCAUUAUCAAGUGAGAAGAUAAAAAACUAAAAUCCGACUUAAUUUAUACAAUUUAGAGGGAAAAAAUAAAGUAGAGAACAAAAGUAAAAUGUUUUUGCAUGCAAGUUAAAAUAUGUUAAAGUAAUAGUUUUGCAUGGUUGGAUUCUGUUUAUGUGAUAUAUAUUUUUGUAUGGAAUCUCAUUGUGUGAUAUCUUUAGGUCUUUUUAAAGUUUUGUAACCAUAGCAUUAAAACCCAAAACGUUAUGACGAAAAGUUCUUCGUAACUCAAUGUACCGGUGUUAAUAAUGGAGCCAUCUUAACCAAUAUCAUCUUCUUAUUGUUGAUUAUAAAAAAAAUGUCCUUUCAGAGUAACUAUGUCUUUUAUGUAACUCUCUCUUUUACACCAAAGGUCUCAUGACCCGUGGACACACGCUGAUACUGUCUUGUUCCUACACACUGUAACUCAUGUAGAAGUAAAAACAAUUCCAUGCUAGGUUCUAUCAGUCAGUCCUAUGUAAUAAUUAUACUUGCAAUCCUUAUUAUUUUUCAGCCAUCAGGUGGCAGUGGGAUGUACAUGUGGUCAUCAUCAAAUACCUCUGUGGCUACAGUUAGCACCAAGGGUGUUGUCAUGACAACUAGUGCAGUUGGAUACUCCCUGGUCCGUGCAGCUGACAUGAAAAAUCCAGCAAAUUUUGAUACUACAGAGGUGGGUAUUAUUGGUCCUACAGAAUGUGUGGCUUUGGAAAGAAAGGACAUUAGAUUGGUUGUUUCACUUAUUUGUUUGCACUCUAGCACUCUGACAGAGAAAAAUAUGUAUACUUGACCAGCCUUUGCACAUUUGGUAUACUAUACAGUAUGUUUAUAUGUGAGCUAUUCUUGUGGUAUGUGGUCUUAAACAUAAAAAAUGGUCUUCUCCAGGUUUAUGUUCUUCAGCCAAAGAAAAUGGAGUUUAUCCCUGCAGUUGUUGAGGCACUGGUUGGCUCCUCCAUCUCGCUUCCGUUGGCUGUGGCUUCUUGUAUUUACUCAGGUACUUUAUUAACAAGUAAAGACUUAAACAUUUUGCAGCAGUUUUGCUUGGGUAGACUAGUCCAUAGACCUGCAAAAUAAUUAUUAUUGGGAACUUUUAUAAAGUAAUUUGUUAAUUGAGGUAAAGGUAAAGUCUGCAUACAUGCCAAAUAGCCGAUCAUGCAUAUCCGGCUUUCUGUUGCAUAAAGGCAGUAUUAGUAAUGCUACUCCACCUGAAUGGGAUGCUAGUUCAUCCCAGGGUACCCCCAGCAGUAUAUCACUAGUACCAAUUUAUACAGCUGGGUGAAGAGAAACAAAGUGGAGGAAAAUUUCUGUCGAAGAAAAGAACGCAACUUCAAGGCUUCAGCUUGGGCCUCCAGUUCUAAAAUUCGAGGUGUCAACUGUUCAGCCACCAUGCCUGCUCCUAACAAACCAAAUUGAGGUGUAUUUUUGCAAUCCAAGCCAUUUGUAAACAUCAUUUCUUUUUUACAUGCAACUUUGCAUUACAUGUUGCGUAAUUCCAUGCAUGAAUCAUUGUAUCAUAAUCGUGUCUUCCGGCUUAAUACUGCUUGAUUUCUUGAGACCAUCCGAAUUCACAGUCUUUCGCAGUGUCACCCUGCCUUUUGAAUGGAACAUAUUGGACGACAUGUUCGGGUCCUAAAUUCCCAAUAUUUCUGGGUGAAAAUGUCGCAGGUUCAGCAAUCCUCCAUCUCAACAUGGGAAGCUAUUUGGGCUCAAUGAGUCUUUUACCACUUUCAGAGAAUAUGUAUUGGACAUACGGUCAGCUAAAGGCAGAGGACCCUCCUUUCACCCUAGCUUUUGUUGUAAGUCAAGCCACCCCUUUUGGAGCUCGGCAUACUGGUCAAAAGCACCAUUGAAGCACAGGCCCACUACACUGCCACUUCCAACAAGAUCUACAAACCCCCUGGUAGACCUAUGUCACGCAUUCGUUUAUAUUGCUACUUCUGCAGACACCCCUGUUCCCAAGAGAAAUUGCCCCCGAGGACAAGCCUGCAGCUUCUGCCAUAAAACCAGCCACUUUGUUAUGUUAUGUCAACGAGCAGCCAAGGGCGGUCAAGCGUCAAGAACACCUACCCCCAAAACCUGACCUGACAGCCACUAGACAGAAGCAUGUUAUGAAACAAGGCCUGGAAUCCAAUACGAACACUGCUUUUCAUUGCUUUAUCCCUACCCCAUCUCUGCCUUCCUCAGAAAAAGGGCACUUCAUCCUACUCACUCUGACAAGCCCUGACUCUAAGAGCCACACAGAUAUUCCCUUCCCAGGAGCCUCAUGCAACACCUACCCUCAAACCCUUGGCAAACACACCUUGGGCCAACCUGCCACCAGGUAAAUCAGUGAUAAUGCCAUAUACCAGUCCACCAAUCAAAACGAUCAGCCAGACCACCUUUUAUAUUUCGAGGGAAACCAUUACACGUGCCCUGACAAUUCAAGCACUUGACACAGACCAGCCUGCUCUGUUGAGAAUGGAGGCGAACAAAAAACUUGGACUACUGACCUUGAAUGCAAACUUCACAUGGAAACCCCCCCGGUUUCCAUCAUGCACCCUUCGCACAACGAGAACUCAACUGCUAGCCCACAGCCCAGUGCCCUUAGAUACCUCCACAGACAAAUGGCCAAAGCCUGCGACGUUGAGCAUGAAAUUCAUAUCACAACACUGCACCUUACUUUUUUAAGGCCUUAGCAUCCUCAGACCACCUGUCGACUUUAAUAUGGAUCCUGUUGUCAAACCAAUGCAUGCCCCCAUCCACCGCCAGCUCAUAUGCAAAAUCAAGGUUACCCAUGACACUUACAAAUCCACAGGCCAGUUUGUAUUAGCUUUUGAACCCACUGCUUGGAUAUGAAACGAGCAUGUUGGUUCGAGAAUGUGACCACAACACCAAGCCAGGUAAGACAUCCAUGUGUUUGGACCCCUCCAAGACCCUCAACGAAGCUAUUCAGGAACAAAAAUACUCACCCUUGAGGAGAACCUACACAAGUUACAUUUAAUGAAUUGCUUGACCAUCAUUGAUACCAUUAGAGCAUUCCAAAACUUUUACGGUCAUCUCUCACGACCACUAUGUUUAUACCAUGGGGCUGCUACCCUGGACAAGGCUGCCAUUUGGAUUAUCAUCUGUCUCAGAAGAAUGGCAGGCCAUGAUACAUCUGGUUCUGGAAGGCCUUCCAGUCAUCAGCAUUGCUGAAAAAUCCUAGUCCCGGGAGCUGCGGUCCCACUUACAAAGAAGCACAAGUUGACCAACUCAUCCAAGGAUCCAUAGUAGUAUUUCUUUUUUCAAAGUCGUCAGCGGUGCAAGUAUGUCGAAAAAUAUAUGCCAGGAAGCAGUGUUGACUUGAGACAUGAGUAUGGCAAUGUUGAGUUUGGAACAACGAAAUUGGUGUCUGAAGAGUGUCCUUAUUUAAGGAAGUUAUUAUUUUAAAUGCAGGAGUAUGUUAGGAUCAAAACUAGGGGGUGGGAAUCGCACUUGCCUUCAGGGGAUUUGAGGACUUUUUAUGGAUCUUGGUUGACUCGAAGUGCAAGUCUCCGCAAAUAAAUUAUCGCUUUCAAGAACAAUUCGAUUGUGGCUGGAGGCUUCUUGGCAAACUUUGCAGAGCGUAACACUAGUUUCUUCAGUUUUUGUGGCUUGCGGAAAGCUCAACCCCAGGUAAAGUCUUCAAUGUCAAAUAAAAGAAUUCUCCAAAGUUGGUCUUCCGUUAGGCCAGCUUUUGAGUUAUCAUACUCGUCCAAACGAUGUAAUGGUUGUCUCCGAUGACCUGGUGACUGCUUAUAUGGAUCCCUGGCUGCUCGUCACUAUGCUGGAUCAUUAGGGACCUUAAGCAAGGACGGCGACGACGGCAGUGAAAACGUCGGUGAAAAAAUGAAUUUGCGUUCUUUCAAAGUUAAUCACGUCUUUUGACCUGUUCAAUAUGUCAAAAAAAUGCAGGCGACUUUUUGCUGAAGUUGAAUUCUUAAGGAUUUCAUUCAGGUUCAAAAAGAGGAAGGAAAAUUCGUCGUCGUAUGUCCACAUCCUCCAUAAAACGGCAAAUUAGGAAGUUUCAUGUCGUAGUCGUGCAGCUGACGUCAAAGAAAUGUACUAAAAAGCGUGAUACACGUGAAGAGCUGUUGUUUUGAUCGUUAAACCUAUUGUUUUUUGAAGUCGUCGUUGUGGUCGUCGUCGUAGUUGCUUAAGCUCCCUAUUUUCCGAAAAGCCAAACAACGUUUUUAAGAUGAAAUUCCUUGUUUGCAAAGCCACUUUCAUGAGACUCCUCAUCACUACCAAAGGUUUCAAAUCCAACCCUACCAUUGUCAAUCCCAUUCUCAACAUGCAUUCCCAAUGGACAAACCAGACAUCCACAGAUUUCUUGUCAAUCCCAUUCUUAACAUGCAAUCCCAAUGGACAAACCAGACAUCCACAGAUUUCUUGGAGCAAUUAACUACUUAGGCGAAUUCUGGAGGCUCCAGUGGUACUUCAAGUGGAUUCCUCUGACUAUGGUAUGGAAUCAGUUCCACUACAACCCACCGAAAUUCUCCCUGAUAACACCAUCAUGAGUGUUCCUUGUCGCCUGUGGCUUACGGCUCCACAAACCUCACCCCCACUGAGAAACGAUCCACACAAAUUAAAAAGGAAUGUCUUGCUAACGUGAAAUUCUUGAACAAGUUUGACCAUUGGUUGCUCGGCAAAUCAGGUAUCCCCCAACCACUUCAGUCCAUCUUCCAAAAGGAUCUAGCAGUCGCACCCAAGCACCUUCAAAAAGUGAUGCUCUUCCCAUAACACUACACCUCUAAGGCCGUCUACAAACGAAGCUCGUCCGACACAUUGAGACACUUGGCCGACACAUCGAGUGCACCUUGCCAGCAUUGUGACAAUGCUAUAUUUGUUAGAUUAGACACUGCGGUUGUCAAAGUAAGAAAAAUAAGACACAGACAAGAAAUUAAACAUCGCAAACUUCACACUUUUUGGUGAAGUCCCGACUGACUGAGUUAGGUCAAGAAAUACCGUAAAACAACCAUAGUUUUGAAACUUUUCGAAAGUGGAAGGUAAAGCAAUGUUCAUGGAAAAUUAGAGAAGGUCAUGGAAAUGGUAAUUGGAAGUUAUGGAUUUUGAAGAGCUUAAUAGAGUACGAACUCUGAUCACAGUCGACCACUACAUCGAUUUUUACGAACUGGACCAGCUCUUCAACACCCAGUCCUCCACAGUGAUUAAUCAAACCAAAGCACACUUUGCCCACCACGGUGUUUCAGUUCCUCACUUCACAUAUAAUGGUCCUCAAUUCAAUACACAUGAGUACAAGCACUUUGCCAGCAGAUGUGGUGUUGAACCCAUCACUACUUCCCCCAACUUAUCCUAAAGCAAUGGCAAAACAGAAACAGUCACGCACGCUAAGUCUCUUACCAAGAAAUCUGACAACGCCUACCUGGCACUUCUAAACAUACUCAACACCCCUCUUUGUAGCCUCAACUUUUCACCCACACAGCGAUUAAUGAGUAGACAACCAUUUUGCAAUACCUACACCAGCAGACCUGGUCAAGCUUGAAACUCUGGAUCCCCCCUGCCUUUGCUGCACCAAAACUCCUUCAGAGCGACAAAAAAGUCAAGUAUUGCCUAAUUUCAUACCGCGCGGGAGCCUGGCACAACAGGAUUUUCCCAGACUUGUUAAAUUCCUGAUUCAAAAUGGCUUCCAAAAUAGAGGUAAAGCAAAGGUCACUGCGUGCAGUUGAAACGAUAUUAAGAGCCGUAUUACUCCAGGAAGUUAAUAUUCUACAGCAAAGAACAGUUGUUUUACUGCUAUAAAGAACUUCGAGAGAAAAACUUCGAGAAAAGAAAGGUCUAAUCGGCGACUUUCGGUACUUGGAAGUAUGGGAAGGAUUCCCUAAUUGUUCGACAAAAAAUUUGAACAAAGAACCGUCGCGUUUAGCUUUUAUUACGGCGCUGGAUCCGACCGAAUAUUGGGGAAUGAUAAGAGAGUGCGUGUUCCCUUUUUUUACAAACUGUAAAAUACAGACUACCAAAGAAGCGAAACACGCCAGAGUGACCCUGAGUGAAAGGGCUGCGUACGGUCUCAUUAAAAAAUCCUGAAGAUCAGACCAGAGACAAUUCUCACUGAACAAUAGAUAAAAGCAAGUAUACUUCAGUCUUAUAAGAGAGGCAUUUCUCGUCCAGUAACACCCUGUAACUGUGCGUUUCCUGUGACCAGACCUCAUGCAUUGAGCAAUGUCAUGAUGCACAAGCAAUUUUUGUUCAGGGGAUAAAUUGUGUAUAGUUUAUUUGUGAGGCCCCUGCGUUCGAUUCUGUACCUUCCAGUUACAUUGCAGUUCUAGUAAUUUAGACACUACUCAAGACAUGAAUAAAUUCAUUGAUAAAAUGUCAAAUGGCAAUGGCUUACAAGGGCUCACUUGUUGAGCUGCCUCUUUUUGGAACUUAUUGGGUCUACGAGCAUGUUUACAACUUGACAAUCACCCUGUAAUCCAAUCAAGAAUGUCACGUCCAUCUGCCUUUUGGUUAGCAUGCACUGAGUAUAGACUAGUCCCUUAUUGUCCUGCAUGUGGUUUAAGAACACUAGGUUUAACCUACAUAACGCCACAAAGUUCACUACACUCAGUACCUUUCACGGACAUUUCCCUUUUCCGCUACGGGAAUAAUCCAGGUAAGCCCUUCUGUACUGUCCUUUUAAGUUUUGCUCCAGCAUUCUUAGGUUACGAUCGGAACGUACACAAUCACAUCUGUGUUCUUGCCUGCAAUGAUCCUCUACUUUACAGAUGCGGGUAGAAUUAAACAAAGGAUCCUUUGCUAUACAAAAUUUAUAAUCAUCUUUGGUUCGAACGACCUGUUCAUCGAACAAUUGCUUGCACUUGCUGAGUAUCGGCUCCUUCAGGUUAGCUUCAGCGCAUGGCAGAAAUACUGCAUCCUUUCCUUACUAAGCGUAGGCAGAUUCUCCGAGGGAACAUUUAUCAAUAUUUCUUCGAAAAAGAAUGCUUUCCUUCGAGUUUCGACUACCCUUCUUCCUUUUGACUAUCCGCCACUUUGAGACUGGACUUUUUAAAAAGUCUGGGAAAAUCCUGUAGUGCCAUACCACAGCGCGGUAUGACAUUAGUCAAUGACAAACUCAAUGUGUUGUCCCUUGGCUCACAUGCUUACGCAAGCCAUGCCCUUCCCGAUCAGGUACUCCAUGGUUGUUUGGUUGGACAGUAGAAAGCCAAAACACCCGAUCGUACCGCAUCGACGCUGGCAGCCGUUGAAUCCGUCAAAACCAUCACCCUUCCCUACAAGACGUGUAACGCAUAAUUAUUUAAGCAUCUACUAGCCCGCGAGUCAUUUCAACUAGCCCCAAAACCCUUUUGAAUUAGCAGGAUUGAUUACAAUCUUACAAUUUGAAUUUCCGAAAAAAACAGCACUUGCCCGUUUGGCAAGUUAAGAACAAAAAUCACUAGGCCGAUAGCAAAAUCCACUCACGCUGGACUCAUGUCUCUUAUUUAUGUCAUGUCAUGUCUCUUAGUCCUCAUUACUUUGUUAAUUUCUGUUUGCAUUUUUCCCACAGAGUGUCAAGAGUUUCAUGUAUUCACUGACUGCCGAUCACUGCCUGUGACAUACACAUUUUCAGACCCCUCUAUUUUUAAACUGGUGGAAGAUAACAGUAAGCAGUGUUAUCUUUAUGUUUUAGAGUUUCAUAGUUUGCAGGAAAAGUGGUUAAAACAAUAUAUAAAAAACAGUACAUAUGAUAUGUAUUGGAACGUAAGAUGUCAGGUAGCAACUUGUCUGAAAGGAUUUUUGAACCAACCUCAAAAAAAAUUAAUAGGAAUAGUCCGUAAGCUGUGCUUCCUCCCCCCCCGACUUGCACGGUUCAUCAAAACCGCUAGGAGUGAUGAACAUUUAAUAUUUCCCUAGAGUUGCACUGCCUAAUCAAACAUUUGCUCAUAAAAACGAAGGAAAUGAUCAAGAGGUUCACGACAGAGCUCGCGACAAAUAGUUAACAAAAUUAUUUCACUUUACCAGUGCCAUAGGAAAUGCCGUAAGUGGCAGCAAUAGAGUAAAUCAAAUGACGGUGUGACAGCUUUGUGAGGUAGAAGUGGGUCACCCUCCAGGAAUUUUUUAUUUGGGACUCCCUGAGAAAAUUAACUUAUUUCAGUGCAUUUUGAGCAAGCAUGGAACAUGAGGAUGGCAUUUCCCCCUAACAUUUUCAUCUGUUUCAUAUUAUACGGUAAAUUGCUGUUUAUUAGCCCCCCAGGAUACGUGUCCCCCAGUUAUAGGACUAUCUUACCUGUAAACAAAAAAGAAUACAUCCGAUUACAAGCUUUCCCCGGAUAAAAGAUCCCCUCCAAAUGUAUCGAAACGAUUUAUUAUGCCGUUUUGAAGGUUAGUCAUAAACCAGUGAUUUCAAAAGGUAAUUCAAUCAGCACUUCUGUAGCUUGUUUCCAGGCGCUCUCUCUGUUCCAGUUAUAAGCCUAAAACCCCUUAAGAAGAUGUAAUAGGCCCAGGGCUUAUAAGAGAAACAAAUUGUUGGUUUUCACAUGACGUCACUAAACUACAAAACUACAAAACUAUCUAUCCUACGGAGAUUUUACUUUCACGAUGUAUUAGAACAGCUGAAAUCUAAAUUUCAUACAAAUUUUCGCUUCAAAAGGGUUCUUGGUUUUGUGAUAGAGUACGCGUGACGCGGCAUUUACAUGACGGCCAAGAGAGCUGUCAUGUAGGUUUAAAAAAUGACUUAUUUCGGGAAUUUUGCUAUCUAUAUUAGAAAAAAGUAUCAACUUUAAUGUUUAUGAGUCCCUCGAAGAAUGAAUUCACGCUUUUGUAGCAAAACUCGGUAACAGAUGUUUCUGUUGGCUUUCGUCCGCCAUGUUGGUGCUCAUCCGGAAGGGCACCAGCAUGGCGUCUCCACACAAAUCUCUAUAAAUUUGGGUAAAACAUUUUUUCGGAUAUCUCGUAUACGAAAUAUUCCUCUGACCUGAAAUUUGGCGGAGAUCUAUGCAUAUUUACUUCCUUUCAUUUCCCAGAUUCUGGACUUUAUCUAUAGAAUGGUUUUGAUUUUUAUUUUGAUCUAUUUUGAAUGGCGUGACACGGAAAACCAGCAAUAAGAUGGAUAAUAUCACACUUAGAAAAUUGUUUUCUGUGAGUGGCUGGUGCUUCCAUCAGUUCAUGGCAACAAGGCAUCAUUUUUUGAUGGUCGCUAGUGCUUCUGGAGAACCCUGUCCUCUUGCUUGAUUAAUUGCCCGACAAAAGUAUUGCUAUAUUACCAUAUUAAAGGAGGAAUUUUUAUUCUAAAGGUAAAAGCCAGAUCCCUCAGAGCCAGUGACAUUCUUUGGUUAAACAAACAAUCUGGUGACUUCCGUUCUCCAUGCUUAUUAAUUUUAGGUGAUUAUGAGAUUACUGCUGGUAGUUGCAUGUCUGUUAAGCUCCUUGCCCUUCGCUCAGGAUUCACAACAUUGACUGUUACAUACCAAUACAAUGAUAUCAUACUUAAGGCUGCUAUAACUGUUGGAUCCUACCAUGCCCUCAAGGUAAGUACAAACAAGGAGUUAGAUUGGUUAGUUAGACUGAAAAUUGUUUUGAAUGUUUUUUGAUAAAAUACAAUCCAAAAGUUUCAUCUACAAACUCUUCCUUUCCUCUUUUUCUUCUCUAGUGCUUUCUUUGCUGUCAUCUUGAAAAUAAUUGAUGUCCUUGUAUUAGUAUAGGUAUUGUAGUUGUGUUGCACGCUUUGUAGUAAAUACAGUAACUGGCAGAUUUCAAGAGGGAGUGUAGCAGGCGGUUUGCCUCCAGUAUUAGCUGUGGUAGCUUGGUUGAUUAACAUUUUUCGUAAUUGCACUUGUAUGGAAUUUAGGUUCUUGACCCAGUUGAGGUUGGUGUAGUUUCUUUGUGUUCCGCAAAAAAUCUGAUGUUGGACGGUGGACCUCUGCCUUGGAUUGCGGAUACUUCUAGUUAUUAUGAGGAUGGUGAGACUUUAGCAUGUGAUUCAAUAACAAAAAUAGUACAAAGCAAAGGACUGUCACUAUUAGAUGCUGUGACUUAAUAAAUUAACAUCUCCAAAAACAGACAUUCUACUUUCCCUCGGCAUUUCUUGAGGAUUUUAAACACGGUGUAAAGCGGGUAAACCUUGGAGAAAUAAAAAUCCUCAAGAAAUGCCGCAGGAAACUAGAGUGUCUGAUUUUCGAGAUGUUAAUUAUCCGACACAAAAGACGCACGCUAAACACUCAAGCGGACUUCAUCCAUGCGAAACUCUUUAUUUAAUUGUUAUUUGUCCAUUUUCACGCUUAAAUUUCACAUGCACUUUUCGCACUUUCUUUUUCUAUAUAUAUUUCCACAAAUCAUGUUAAUUUGGUAUCUUUUCAUAAUGAUGAAAUGAAGCCAUCGAAAAGUCAAGUUUCUUUUAUAUCGUUGCUUUUUGUUUUAAAAUGUAUCUCUAAAUCGAACCCUAUUAGACUUAAUAACGGGACGCAAAAAGCGCCAAGUGUCUUCUUAUAAACUGUCUGAUUAUCCGGCCUCACUUGCGGCCUGUUAAGCAAAGGAAAAAUUUGGCAGUUGGGAUAUUUAACUUUUACAAAAACAGCCUAGUGUAAACAUAGGGUUAUUUCAAUUAUAUCAGUUUUGUACUUCGUGUUAUUCUUAAUUUUUUUUUAUUAGAUGGGAGGUAAUGCUAAGGCCUCAUAGUCACCUUUUUAAAUUCGUUGUAACAGAACUGAGCAUCUCUUCUUAUCGUUGUUAAUAUUAGUAUCUUUGUAAUUGUUGUAAAAUAAGAUUUGUUUUAAGUUCAUUACAAUAACGAAUUUUUUACUUAUUUAUUUAUUUAUUUAUAAUGAUUAGGUGUGUCCAGGCACACACUACGCUAUAUAUAUAUAUAUAUUGGAAAGAUGGUAAUAGGGUAACCUUAUUUAUUUCUUGUCAGAAGGUUUUGCUCAAAGCACCUCAGCAUUUACACCUCUAUUUUUAAUUUACGGCCUUUUCUGGCUAUUUUUGUUCAUAGAGCGAUACCAUUAGCUCCACCAAGGUUCUCUCUAUAUGUAGGACCGUAGUAACGGUUAGAUUAGAUCGUGAGCCAGGUUUGACAGUCAAUAAUUAAAUGAAAUUUUCUAUCCUUCGAUAUUCACCAGUUUUCCCAGAAGCAGAUAAAGCAGAACAGGUGUUUAUUGGUAACGAUCACACUGAAGAUUUCCCUGGUAAGUGAAGUCAUUAACAUGUUUGUAUUGUGUAACAAGGAUACACUCUCUACGACAGACACCUUUGGGAUCAUCACUCUUCGUUGGUUGCCACCCAGCUACAUCAGCGAUUUAGUUAGCAUUAGGACCUGUUCUUUAUAUUCAGUGAGAACAUCCCAAGGGGUGUAUGUUGGCAACUUAGGGAGCCAGAUCGUUUUCCGCUGCCGCCCCUACAUUGUGAUACAGCCUUCCCGCGCAUAUCCGUGCUAUUGGAUUACUGUGCGCUUUUAAGAGACAAGUCAAAACAUAUCUUUUUGGAUUAGCUUUUACGUAGAUUUAACUUGAUUUCAUUUUAUUUUAUUUUAUUUUAUGUAUUUUUAUUAUCAUUUUUGCUUUUUAUCGGUUUUAUCCAUCAUAGAUUCAUUUUAUAAAUUUUAAUUAGUAUGACUGUAAAUCGCUUUUGAUCAUUUAUAUGUUAAGAGGCGCUAUAGUAAAUUUAUGAAUUAUUAUUAUUAUUAUUAUUAUUUAUCCUGUUUGUAAGCCUUGACUUGUUUAUUUAGUAAUUGGAAGCAUCUAGUAAAUUUCUUAUAAUAUGACUGAUAAAACUAAUGUUCAAAAAUGCAAAUGAUGUUUUUAAUAGUGUAUGUUUCUAUCAACUGUCGGUCACUUAAUUGUUAAUGCCGUUUUGUUUUGUGUUUUUUUUUUACAAUCACGUCUUAAUGAAAUUCGAAUCCUGUAAUAAUGAGGGCAACGAGUUUAAAUCACGGGUAAAAAACGACGUUUCGACCGAUCUUCGGUCAUUUUCAAGUAACUCAAAAGUUAAAAGAAUUAGCAUAUAUAUGUGUAAGGUGUAAAAAUAUGUUUAAGUACUAUUAACAAUUUUAAAGAAUGAAGUAAAGCGUGCAGAGAAAGAACGACAAAAGAAUUUAAUUAAAAGAGCUAUUUAAAAACUUUAGCACGAAUUGAGUCUGGCUGUACAUUGAGACUAGGUCUCAGUUCAUUAAUAAAAAACCUUUCAAGCAUUUGCUUUUACACCUCUCUAAAAUGCUAAAAUUAUUACUAAAAUCUUUAGGCGCCCGAAGAAUGUUUAACACGAAAGUGCUGGCCGACGGAUGAACUUGUGCUUCUGUGUUCCUCAAUUCGCUGGUGUACGUGGCGAGCUGCGUAACCUACAUAACCUGCAUCGCACAGGUCACAUUCAAAUUUGCAAACAAGACAUUGCUGGUUGACAAGAGGUGGCUUAGCUUCUCGCAUUUUAAGAUCGCGCUCAAUCUUUUGGCCGACAAACACUAGAGACACGGUCGUGUGAACUGUGUGACUCAAAUUCUGAACUUGACGUCGAACAAUGUCAGCUGAGGACUGGUCUUUAAAUUGUAAAAUAACACGAACAGGGUCAGAUGAAUCAGAAACAGCCGCGGGCGAUGAAACAGGUUGAUCAGAAACGUUUGUGGCAAUAAAGCGGGAGAUAGUAGAGUUACUGAGUUUGCCAGGGUACUUAAGCCGUAAAAAGGCAAUUUACGACGAUCGCAUUCUUCGGAGAAAUACGUCCAGUUGGACGAAAGUCAGAAAGCACGAUCAACCAUAGUUCUUAGUAACGCCCACUUGUACCGAACGUCUAAACAACAACAACAACAAUUUAUUUAUUUAAAGAAAUAUAAAGUUACAAUACUUAAUGUCCUGCAAAUAGCUAUAAUGCUAAUCUAGGCAGGAAAAGACUUUAAAUAAAGACGUUAUUAAAUUACAUAAGAAAAAAGAAAAGAAAUACAGUAACAUACAGAAAGAAACACCGUACAUAUAAGUUCAAGUACAGGGUAUUUUGUUAUUUGAAAAAGACUAAAAUUACAACUGGAGGUAUAUAUAACAUAUCAGGUUAACUUCGUAAAGUAUUCUAUUAAAUAAUUAACAUUCAAAUAAUUAUGUUCAUUACGUAGAACAUUAAGGAGUAGUGAUUUAAUUUUUUUUCGAAAAUUAGAUAUGUUGAGAGUCUUAACAGAAAGUGGAAUAGAAUUCCCAAUAAACACAGCAAUUCUAGUUAAAGAGUUUAUAAUUUUUUCAGGUCCAGAGAAUUUUACAGAAAAACACUCUUUUGCAGAUAAUAGCGUAUUAUAAUGAUGUUUUGUAUUGAUUUUCGCAAAAUUAUCGAGAAGACGUUUAGGAGCUGUCUUAGCAUGAACAUCAUACAUUAAAUGGCUUAACUGUUGAAAGAACAAAGACUGGAGCAAAAAGUGCAUGAUAUAAAUUCAAAAGAAGAUGCUGUGGAAUGUAAUGCCUCAUUUUAACAAUUAUUCCAACCGAUCUAAUUUUGUGACGGAUAACGUCAAUAUGAUGCUUCCAUGGUAGUUCAGAAUCAAUCAUUUUACCCAAAUAUUUAACAAAGUCCUUCAUCUUUAGAAUUACUCGAGUAUUUAAAGUUCGAUUAAAAAUCUUAAUUUUAGGAAUGAAAGGUAUUCUUUUUUGGCGCGGACGAAAAAUGACAGAAAAAAAUGAAAAAUGACAUUCACUUACUUUCUCAAGCUCAUUGUUGAGAGUUCAAGAGCGCGUAAGUUGUCAUUUGCAUAGGUUAGACUUGUAUCAUCUGCGAAUAGAUAAAAAGUUAAUUCCUUGGAAGAUUUGUGGAUGUCAUUAAUUUAUAACAAAAAUAGCAACGGUCCAAGUACAGAGCCUUGAGGCACUACACAUAGAACGUUUCCGUCUCAGAUAUGCAUUUGUCUAUUUCAAUCGUCUACAUAACUCUUGUAAUGUAACAAGAGGCCACUGUUCGUGGGCUUGACAUAGACUUUGUUCUCCACAUGUGAAGAUCUGUUGAGGAGCUGGGUGCCCAGGAAGGGAGCAUACCAUGCCUUCUAUCUCCAUGGUGCAUAUAACGGAGGAGUGACACUGGUUGAGAGCCUCAAGAAGAUUCUCCGCAGAUGUUUUGUUUUGCGUAACGGUCUGUCUGUCAUCAACAAAUCGCCCGAUUAUGUGGGCAUCUUGCCUUCCUGCUCCAAUCUUUCUUCAAUGUUACACAAACACAUUAGCGAGUAAAGGAUCAAGUUGGGAUCCCAUAGCGACACCGUCUGUUUGUUCCUGCAGCUGACCAUUGAAAAUAACAAGUUGAUUUUUAGUUGCUGCUCUGAGAAGAUCGACAAGGUCUUGUCUACUGAGAUGAAGUUGGUACUUUUAAUUGAACCAAUUGUUCGUGAAAGCCUUAUCACUGAGUAGCCGUUUGGUUUCCUCCAAAGGCACCUCGGUAAACAGGGAAGGAAACAUCGUUGGAAACUAGGAUAUCACCGUUGUUGAUUGACAGCUGCUGGAUUUCAUUCUUAAAGUCGAAAGCGUCAGUUAUAGUGUACUGAUUAGUGGAAAGUGGUUUGAGUUUUACAUGAAGCCAUUUUGCCAAGGCGUAGUUGUAAGUCUGUGUAGCUGAUAAUAUAGGUCGCAUAGCUAACACUUCCUCAUGGGUCUUGGGUAGACCAUAGAGAUGAGCUAGUCUAGUGCCUGAUGGACGGACAGAAUCUGCAACUGGAGUGGGUAGAAUUCGGCUCACGAUUGACUCUAACUCUUUUUCUUUCCGGAGAAGCGGAUGAUAGUGCUUGGGUGGUCUUCCGCUACUUGUUGGUCUCAACCAAUCGAAAUUUAGUGGCAUCAUUUGUGGACGCCUCAGCUAGUAGACGAAGGUAUUCUUCCUUAUCCAUUACGACGACACAGGAUCCUUCAUUCUUUAACAUUUUUAUAGUUCUUAACAUAUUUUUACACCUUACACAUAUAUAUGCUAAUUCUUUUAACUUUUUACCUACUUGAAAAUGACCGAAGAUCGGUCGAAACGUUGUUUUUUAUCCGUGAUUUUACUGUGUUAAGUUUUAAAAACCCUUAUUUAUGAUACGUUUACCUGUGCUGAGUACUGUCAAGUGCUUAUUAGUAACAAAUUCCGUUAUAUUGUAGCAACGUAUCAUUGAAAUUAAUGCAAUUUCUUGCAGCUGACGGCAGUGGAUCCUACCACUAUUUUAGCAUCAUCUGUCGAAAAUUGGGUGAGCAGGUGAGAACGCUGUAGCACAAGAGUUUUGUCAACCUUAAGUGAAUUACACACACGUAAACUUUAGCCAAGGGUAAAUUUCAGUUGAAGGAAUUAAACCCCAAAAGCUGAAUUUAGUCGGGCUCUCUUGUCACGUACGUGUACUGCUAAACAAAACGUAUAAGAAGAAAAAAAAGUAAACUGACGAAAACCAACAAUGGCUCUGUGUUGAUUGCAGUAAUCAUUCUAAUUGUUACAAAGCAAUGAUGCUAUUGAGCAAUAGCAGAUUCGUUCUCCUGGACGUUAACUAGGUUUAUCUGCUGUGAAUUUAUUGCUAAGUGCAGUUACUUAACCUUGACACAAUGUUUCUGGUAUCCAUCCAUGCUUAGGUUUUGACAGUAAAAAUUGGAAAUAGACCAUCUCCAAAGAAUCCUUAUCCUGCAAGCUCUUCAGUGAAGAUCAGGUGAGGUUGUGCUGUUAAACCGCUGAACAAAGAAAAAGUGCAGUCUUAGUGUGGAGUAUUGUCGCAAAACUUCUGAAGUCACUCGAUAUUUUUUUUUCAGGUUUGCAUGCAUGGAACCUGCAUCACUAACCAUUGUUCCUGACAUUAAACUGCCGACUGUUGAAGGGCGACAACUUUCUCCAGAAAACUGUGUCAACUCAAAUAAAGAGGUACAAUCGAAACUUAGAGUUUUUUGCUGAGGUUGUCUAAUAGCGUUUAUACAUAGACCGAAAAAAAUACAGCAGAGCUGUUGUGGUCGUGUUAAAACUAAAAAUAAAGUCAAAAUCAUUAAAACAAUCAGAAAAACUAUGCACGGUAGAACUCAAAGCCUUAACUUUCUUUUGUAAAGCCGACUUUUUUUUUAAAAAGAGUGAUAUUAAACUCUUUAUUAAAGAAGACUACACUCUUCAUUCUUUUUAUGUUUACUCUUUACUAUUUAUUCUUUCAAUGUUAUCACUCUUGCUUGACUAUCCAUAGAGUCUAUCAUAACAAAAAAUAUUGUUUCUUGCAUCCCAUUUUUGUUAGAUCCACGUUCGAAACAACCAGCAUUUAAAUUUAAUUGCCCACUUGCGUGACUCACUUGGGCGAUCCUUUGACAAUUUUACCUCACUAACUGUGGUGUGGACGACCAGUGAUCGCUCUCUGGCGGAAUUCGUGGACAAAACCAGUUCUGUGAAAAUGAUGUUUGUCACGUACAAGAAAGAUGAAGACCUACGAAAAGCCAUAUGUAAGCAACACAUUUUUUUCUGUACCGAAAAAUGACCUCUCAUGUAGAGUAUUGUCGUCCUUUUGCAGACGUUCUUUUAGCACUUUAAAUUGUUCUAUCAUCUCAAAUGAAUGGGACCCAGCCUGCGGACAAGCCCUUUUUCUCGGCUCUAUUCUCUUGGCUUGGCAGAGAUUGCUGAGAGAUAUUGCUUAUAAGGUAAAAGCGAGCCUAAAGAAUGCCUACUUAGGAGAGCAGAUGAGAAGCAACUGGCAAGAGAAUAUAGCUGCCAUCCGACAUUACCUACGCCAUUACCAACAUCAACAUCUGACAAAAACAGAAAAAAGUCAUAUAGUGGGUUGUUUGAAAUUCAUUUGUCAUUGUUCAUAACCUUGUUUGCUUGUUACCGGGGAAAAGGAUUAUGGAUUGAACUUACUCACACUCAUACUUACCACACGUAGAGGAUUGCAUCCUCAGACGUAGAAAUUGAGGUUUCAUUUAAAGCAAUAUGAAUGAUACUAAUACUUUCAUUUGUUUAGCGUAUCAGACUGUAAGUUUGAGUGACAGGAUGGGUGGAGUGGUUAUUCAGGCAUCUGUUGGAGGAUAUGAAUGUGACACUCUCAGAUGGUGUGGACAGGAAUUGAAGGUUUGAAUUUUAGUUUAGCAGUUGAGGAAGCUCUUGAUAGAAAACACUCAGUGUUGUGGCUGGUAACUCAUUAUAGUGUGUGAACACGUGUGUUGCUGUACUAUCUUGUUAACAAAUUUCUUGCCUUGUUACAUCAACACGAGCACACUGAGGGCCUGUUUACAUGGAGGUGGGGGACUCCAGGUAGGUGAGGUAAAAUGCGGCGGAUCACCCCACCUAUCAUGUAAACGUGAUCAAAUUAAAUGUGAGAUUAUAUGGACAGGCGGGUUAGCCCACCUAAGCGGGUUACCUCACCUACCUGGUUUCCCCCACUUCCAUGUAAACAGGCGUCAAGUCAUGUAAGUCCUCUUUGUCACCCAUGUGAUAUUUUUCUCUGAUGGCAAAGCUAUUUUUUUUUCUUUAUCCAGCUUUUGCCAAUCCUAGAGAUGGGUCUCCACAGGAGAUCGAUGAUCCGAAUGCUAAGCUGUUUUUUAUCUGCUCACAGGAACCUGCGAAUUUUGCACUCACUGGACGAUUGAAGUUGUUGUUAGUGCCUGAGAGAAAACUUGUUCCACCGGCAGCGUCAAUUCUGAAUCACCCAGAGAAUCAGGUACAUUCAUUUCGGUUGUCUAGGUAAAAGCACCGUUAUUUAAUUAACAAUUAGAUUCCAUUCUGUCAGUUAUGGAUCACAGAUGACGUCAAAAUGUAAGAGAUCAAGCUUCAACGCUGGGUAGAAAACUGGUAAGUGUUAAUGAUAUAAUUAAAAGAAGUGUAGUCGGAAAAAGAAGAUAUGGAAGACGAGAGUGAUCAAGUUUUAACGAAGAAAUGGAAGUCAUCCGAAUUCAAUUAAUUCAAAUGUAAGCGAAGUAAACGAUUCAGAGCAGAAUUUACACCAUUUUGCGAAAGUCGAGUUUCCAGAGGACACUGUGUGUAAUCGUUAACGCGGUUGCUGAUGUCAUUUUAAACAUGGCACGCCCGAUAUUAGAAUCUGUGAAAGAACUCUCCGAAGAUUACUCCAAUCGUACCUUAAAUACAAGGACAUAGGAAAAAGCAACAGUCACAAAUAUUGCUAAGGUACACAUAGCAAUUCGUGAUUUAAUGACACAUAAAAAUAAUGUCAGUCUGGAACAGGAUCCUUUUACCCUCCUUUGGAUUACAAAUUGCGUACUAUUCUCAGCGGUGAUUGCCUUUCUCCUCUGCAAAGGCUGGAGAAGGGGAAAAAAUAAUUUCCCAAGAGAACAGGAGAGGCUCAGAAAUGGAAACGAAAGAAAGGUACGAGACCCAGCGCGUGAAAUCAGGAAAAAUCUGUCCACAGUUCAAGCAGAAUUGGACAAAAUAAGAACAAACGGGAAGUUAACAAAGAAAGGCAUCAAGAACAGAAAAAGCUAUUACGAGAAUGAAGCAUCAUUUCUGCGGCAGAUUUAGUUGAUUAUAUGGAAUACGAGAAAUCCAAUUUAAGAAAGCGUAAGAGGAGGUUUUUGAGAUGGAAGUCUUGAUAGGAGGCAAAGAGUGUAAAUAAAUAGUCUGAGUCGGACCCUGGCAGGCUGUACGCUGAUUUUAAGAAAAUCAUCGCUGAGCGGGUGAGAAGAGAAGACAGGAACGUAUUUGAUAAUAUCGAGGUUUCUACGGAAUACUGGAGGGCCCUCUGGGAAGGUAAAGGGAACUGGGAAUCAUGUGACACCCUGGCUCCAUGAGGUUCACAAAGCUAUCAGUGAUACUGUACCUGCACCAACAGCGACAACGUUUGAGCUGGACCACACCCAAGCCGUGAAAGUGAUCGCUAAGAAAAAGAACUAGAGCGCUCCCGGCCCAGACCGAAUUGCCAAUUAUUGGUGGAAGAAAGCGGAACAUCUUCAUAAGGGUGUGGCAGAAUGUUUCCAAUCUAUUGGUCAAGGGAACCCUGCAGUUUCAUUAUGGUUCACUGAGGGAAAGACCACCCUAAUUCUCAUGCCUGCGGAGUUCACAAGUGACAAUCAACGACCAAUUACGUACCUGAACACCCUGUACAAGUGGUUUACCGCCUGCUUACACGGGGAUGCAGGGGGACCAGAGAGGGGCUAAGGAAAGGUGUGGCGGAACGUAGGAAAUAUUUGCUUAUAGAUUGCACGUCUGUCAGGACAGCCAAAAAGACUGAGCUCGUGAUGGAAUACACCGAUAGUAGCGAAAACAAAACAAGGAGUGGAGGCAUCUGACCAAAUUACAUUCAAGAGAGGUCUUCCCCGGAGUGAUACCUACGUCCAAGGUUUUUGACGCUAAACAUUUAAUUAAGCAAGGGUCAGCAGGAUCAAGCAACGAUCCUCUGACAAAUUCGUAGGGGUUAUAGAGAAUAUCAAACAAGAAGAUCACCUGGUGCUCAAAAGUGCAGCAAACGUUUUCAUUCAGAGAAUGAACGGGUUCUUGGGCUAAGGUAAACUUUGGGCAAAAAUCAAAACUUUUUUCCUUUCUUCGUUUUGUCCAAUGCAGACUAAAGUUUUUGAGAUUUGGGAAUUGAACACGUUAUUGUGGACCAAAAAAAAUAAACAACAAUGAAGUUAUUUUGUUUGGUGUGGAAAAUGGAAAAAAAUUGAAAAACAUCCUUGAGAAGUUGAGAACCCUUUAGGGUUAAGUUUUUCUCCUCCAUAUGGUGUAAACGAAGUACAUUGCAGUUUGCUUUGUGACCUUUCAUUUAUAGAUCACAAAAGACGUCGAAGAGACAGGCAUAUUUCCUGGCAUCUUUAAUUCCCGCCCGUCGAUCACUGUCUUCAGCGUUCUCUUCAUACCUUCCAACCACUUGCAUUGCAGGGUCUGGAUUACCGUACAGCUUAACCACCGCCCGAUCCUGGUCUGUUCAUUUUCUUUCUCCACUGACUUUAGACCUCUUCCUCCAAGCUUGCUUGGGAGGUACAUCAACUUUGGUAAUCCUAAGGGGUGCUUGCCUCCUCCGCUCUGGUUAGAUGCCAGCACUUUAUUAUAGUCAGACAGAUAGUUAGUCCAGAUAUCUCGCUUUCAUUUCAUUCAUUUAUUUAUUUUGCUAUUAAUUAUUAACUGUAUAUUUACGAUUCACAAAACAUAAUAAAUUAAAAAAUAUACGUAUGUAUUAAAGGGGAUAUUUACUAUUCUAUUUUACAACUUAUGGAAAUGGUUAUGGCAAGGAAGCCGAUAUAUAGCAGAGAUAACUGUAGAAACACUAUCUACCAAUAAAUUAAUAAAGUAAGUGUCUUGUCUAAGGAGAGUACCUUCGCCUUUAACAACGACUAAACCAAGGUUAUGAUCCUAUCCGCCCCGCAGAUGUCCAGAGUUCAUCACCUUGACGAGUAUGGUCCUAACAUCGCAGUCAGUGUUUAUAAAAUAGAACGCAUUAAGUCUUGCAAACUACCUGGAGUUCACAUCAAUGAACAUCUUAAGUGAGACGAUCACAUCAAGCACACGGUAUCUGGAUGCUACGCUACUCUAUCAAUACAAAGAAAACUGAAAUAUCUCGCCAAAUAUGAGCUUAGAAAGCAGCUAGCAGAAACAUUGAUUUCGUCAAAACUAGAUUAUGCCGAUCUGGUUUUCUACCCUCUACCACAAUUCUUACUUCGCCGUUUGCAACCAGUUCAAUUUGCUGCCGCAAGUUUUGUACUCGGUCAGUAUGUUGAGAACUUUCGGGAUGCGCUUAAAAUCGGAUGGCUUCCAAUCAAUGAGAAAAGAGAUUUGAACCUCCUGAAAUCAUGCUUUAAAGCUUUGCAUAACACUGAGACUUGGCCAGACUAUCUUAAAAUAAUCAAACAGGAAUGCCUCAAGGAACUGCCCUCAAGCAAUUCAACUAGAUUAGUGGUCCCGACCGAAAACGGCACUUUCCAAGAUAAUGCGUCGAAGCUAUUUAACAAUUUACCAGAAACUACGAGAAACUGUAAAGAUUACAGAACCUUUUUAAGAUUUUCAAGGAAUUUUUUAUGUAACUGAGUACAGAGUGAUUAGUUAGUUUUACUGUAUUUUCGAUUCUUUUAAUCCUGCUUCUACUGUUAAUUGUAUAUUGCGUAAGUUGUAAACAACUUAAUUUUGGUUUAUUUUUUUAAUUGUAAUUGAUGUACUUUAACAGGGAAGAGCUACCCAGUGGAUCUGUUAAUAAACCAGUAUUAUUGUCAUUAUUAUUAUUAUUAUUAUUAUUAUUAUUAUUACUAUAGCCAAAGCCCAUGACAUUACCAACGGAAAAUCUUAGUAAAUCUUAAUAAGUGCACACAGGGCAUAUAAGGGGGUGCCUCCUCUUCCUUCUCCUCCUCCUCUACAACAGUUACUUUUAGUAUGUUUAUCAAAAAUAUUAUAAUAUAUGGUGCAUUAAGUGAACAGCUUGUAGAUUGGAGGAUGGUUUUAUCCGCUUCUAGGCCGUGUUUCGCAUUGAUGGAGGCUCAGGUCGCUUUGCUGUUAAAGGAAGCAGUAAUACUAUCGCCAAAGUUGACUACCAAGGCAAGAGUGAACUGCUGGUAAGUGAAUGAACUGGGAAAUUGCUGCCUUUUCACAGCGAGACCAAUAUAUCGGGGCCUUUGUCUAAAUUGUUUUCAGUGUUCUUCAUUAGUUAAAGCCUUAAGCUACGGUGGCAUCGACUGUAUAUUUCAUGACUUUUCUUGUAAUAAUAAUAAUAGCAAUAAUCAACUUUAUUUAACGAGGGUAACACGGCACAGUACUUCAACUGAAUAACUAGUGGCCCUCAAUUCAAUUGUGGUUCAAUUCAGAAUGAGACGUACUGCUUUGUCACACUUGUAUACUGGAUGAAUAAUAACAGAGUCGGAUAUAAUCAAUCGGUUUCCUUUUCACAGGUGAUACCACGAUCUGAGGGACUGUUCACAGUAACAGUACACGACUUGUGCUUGGACUCCACUGUUCCCGCUACAUUACACGUGCAAGUGUCAGACCUGUAUGGGGUGGAUGUCAAUGUUGUAAACAAGGUACAACAGGCCUGUUAGUGCCUGGGUGGGGUGGGGGGGGGGGGCGUAUGGUUCAGUGUGGUUCUGGGAAAGGGGAGCCUGUUACCCUUAAAAAAUAAAUAAACCAUGGCAAAGCUUGUGAUGGAAAGCCUCUUUGAAUCAGCAGCUGAGGAAUUCCACAUUAACUCUCGUUUCAGGUCUACUCUUUCGAACUGUUUCUUUCAGCUUUCUUAUUGUUUUUUUCAUAACAAGCUUUGGAAUUGGGACGGAAGACUGUCUGAAGAAACACAUUUAGAUUCAAGAGAAAGAAUCCCAGCUUGAGCGAACAUAUAGCACCCCAGACAAAGAAGCCUUACCAACUCCUCCUCUCAGAAACUUGUUCAGUACGCGUCUCUUAUAUUUCCAUUAUACCACAGGCCACCACAACAGAAAACCAUAAUCUACCAUUGUUUUGCUUUCCGUAACAGAUUGAGAUAUUUUCAUCAGAGAAACUCAGACUGCAGCUUUUGGAUGUUUUGGGCUCACCAUUAUUACUGGGAAGCCUCAGAUUCCUUUCAUUAACACCGCACUUCUCUCCGGACAUAUUAAGCAUCAGGUACGGUGCCCGCUGGUGAGCAACCUAUCUGGGCGGGGAGGGAUUGGGGAAGUGGAAGGAAACGAAAGGUUGCGUCGAGAGGAAUUUGAAUUUCUACGUCAAAAAAGUCGAUGCAUAUGCGGAUUGGUAGAGAUUUAAUUUGGCAAUUAUUGUCAAAUUUGAAAGGAUAGACCACAUUACGUCAAGAAGAACACCGCAACUCAUGCUAUUGAAAUCCUUCUUUCUGGCAAUCAGCUAAAGCUGUACCCAUGGAAUUUUUACUUCCGUUUUAAAAGAGAAGAAAACUUGCUGCUAGAAAUACGUCAAUCGCAGGACCUCCCUAAGCAAACGGCUACGACGUCAUCGGCCUGAAUUUAUUCCACUUCAAAGAAAUAAGUUCCCAUUUAAAAAGGAGGAGUAAAACAUCCCUACUAUACUACUCAAGUCAAAUAGGUGACAGCUACAAUUAUAUUUGUAACUUUGACUUUGACUUUAUACGUAAAUCGUUCGUACCAGUAAAUGGAAAAUGUCUUUUGGUGUAACUGAAGGUUUGCGUCAGCUAUAUUUCUUACCAUCUCACGGGAUUUCUAACCAUUUACCCAAACGAUUAUAAGCCAUCCAGCUAAAAGACCCUACGAGGCUUUCAUGUAUUGUAAGUUAAAAGAAAAUAGAUUAUUUUAUGAUUAUUUUUAUGCCCUGAACAGUUUACAAAGAUAUGAAUGAAAUAUGGUGUGACAUAUAUUUCCUUUAAAAAAAAAAUGGGUAACUGAUAAGUCCGUGUUGGGCUCCCUUUCCUUUUUCCAAAUUCUAAUUUUUUUACGCCUCUACCCUCUAGGCGAGAUUUUCAAUUGGAGGAAGACAAGGUGAUCAAUCGUGACACUGCCUACUUAACCGUCAGAGGCUUGUCCCUUGGCACCGCAAGCCUCACUUUUACAGCUUCUGCUACAGGGAAGGGAAGUGCUACAAGCAGACCUAGGGAUAUUCAGGUACGUCAGCUAAGGAGAGUGAAUGACGGAUCUAAUGUUAGGUUUAAGGUCGAUUUUGCACUCGUUUUAUUUACGUUACUAAGCAAAUGUUACCAAGGGAAGAAAACCCACGUGGGGUAGUCUAAACGUUUCUUUUCAGGGCGUUUCACACGGAGUGACAGUUACAUCACCCCAUACUUGAUACUUCUUCCUGCCCCCUCCCCCCCCCCGCCUUCAUACGUUAGUUCCCUUGGAGCAUGCUUGCACACAUAUCUGUUCUGUACUGGUCUUGGCUUUGAGCAAUUGUUCAUAUUAGCAUUACAUACAUACUGUGGUCCAUACUGUGUUUUUUGGCGAUAGGUUUUUGCACCGUUACGUCUGGAUCCAAGAGUUGUUGUGCUCAUUCGCGGAGCCUCAUUUCAGGUAAUACAGUUUUAAGUUUUCUUUCUUUACCACUUUUGUUACGUUCAUUCAAAAACGUGACGUUUUACUUGACUUUUGUUCGAUCCGUCUUUUGAUCUUAUGAGGAGUGUGUGGAUAUUAAAAAUUACCAAAAAACUACUAAAACAAUCAAUCUCUGUUUCUGAAAGUGACUGCUCAAAUUUGGAGUGGAAUUUGUAUUUGUCAUUAUCUAGGUACUAUGAGAAAACAUUUGAUUCUGUGUGGCACGACUGACUUCUAUGCAAGCUUGUUAGUGUCUGAAAGAACCCCUAAAACAUUAUACUUAAAUUCAAAUCGUGCCUUUAAAACUAAGUCGCCACAGUCUUAAGUAAAGUUUUAAGUAUUAUUAGUCUCGCUUGCGUAAGCAGCUGGACUCAUAAUCUCCAACGCGUUUUCGCCUCGGGGGGUAGUCCCUUAUAUAGGCUAUAUAGGCAUGUGCCGCGCCAAAGGGUAUGUUUUUAGCUGUUUUGGUCCGAAAUAGGGUAUCAAUUUCGACCACGGUAUGGUUUGUGCACUCGUCUUGAAUUGGGUUUAUUUUUUUAGAAGUAUUAGCUACUUCUUCAUCAUUUGGAAAUAAGACCAUUUCCCUUUUAAUGUUUACGCCAACUACCGUGUACGUGCCGUAACAGCUUGUCACGCGCUCCGGUCACGCGCCGGGCUCCAGGGCUUCAGGUCUGAAAUAGGGUAUCAAAUUUUGAUUACGUCUGAAACAGGGUAGGGAAAAUCAUAGAUCUUGGUCUGAAAUAGGGUAAGGGUUUCAAGAAGCGUGCCGGACACUCCUCCCAAUUUUUCUGGAAGUACCCCCCCCUGGAAUUUUUGGGACACAAAAGGUAGGUCAUUGUGCCAGGCGUCCUUGCGGAGACCGUGGAAACUGGGACUAAGAAUCUUUGCGUGAUGGAAGCCACGCAUGUUUUGCGAAGAAAAGCUUGGGAAAGAUUUAAUUUAGAGAUUCUCCGAAACGUGUCGGUCCACGAAUUCUGUCUUUUGAAAGCGUUGAUUACUUUGGAGCAAGGGAACACUACUAAGUGGUCGAAAAAAGAUAAGAAACUUAAUUAGAAAAAUUUCGAUGGUCGGGUGUUUUAAACGUUCACUGUAUGCAAAUGAGUCUUGUGAUGAGCAUGCGAUUUAUUUUCGGCGAUUCAAAUGACGUGCCAUGUAAAUCACUUUUUCGAUAUCUGGCAAUGAUGUAAUUACUCUGGAAUCGAGGCCCUUGAAUUUUCGUGUAUCUAUACACGCGUAUAGGCUGCUACCAGACGACGAGCGAAUAGUAUCCCAUGAUGCAUUUUCCAGAAGCAUCACGCAAUAUCGCAGUCAUGGCAGAUUCCAUCAUGAAAUAAGGUCGUUUUCUCGUCGGCUUUUUUCUCACUCGAUUUCCAGGUAAAAGUAAGAAAAUUACAUUAUUUCGUUAUUUGACAUGAUUUCUCCGAUUUGCAAUGGCUUAAGAGCGAAGUUUCCGCACAGAAACAUUUAUUUCCACGGUUUCAAGUAGUCUUCCCAUCACAAAGUGUUCAGUGACCCACAACAAGGUCAUGAAUAUUCAAGAUUUUUUGGAAUAUAUGUUGAAAUCUUCGAAAUGUGGACGUCACGCCAGCAAAAUGAAGUCCUGAAUAUUGUACAGGCUAAGAAGUACCCAGAAGUACCCACAUUUUGAAGACCUUUUUGUCGACCAAAGAUGGCUUAAAUUUCGAAUCUUUUAUCACAUUUCAACGCCAUGUGUCAUAAUAUAUGUGUGGCCUGCUGAAGGCUACAAUCUGUUGGGCGCUUUCGAGAGCGCUUUAAUAUUUAUGCCGAAGCAAUCACUUUGUAUUUUCAAAGAGGUUAUUUUUAAGAGGAAUUUGUCUAUAAUUAUUUUAAUUCGAAGAAGGAGCGGUGCAAAUGGUGUGUUUCAGUGUGAAAACAACCUAAAGAAAGGUACCACGCAGCAUGCAAGCCGGCACAACGUAAACAGGCCUGCUCAGAAUUUGAAAAAGAAACAUCAGAAACUUUAUUUAUUCAAAAGAACAGAUCAGUAUUCUGGGCAGGAAAUUUCCUUGAUGAUUGCUUGAGUCAGUACCGGGUAGAUUGUGCUUCAGAGAAUUGUUUGUCGCAUCGAUAGGUUAAAUUUUAUUUGUAACUGCCGUUCUAAACUUCAGCUCCUUUGAGCGCGAUGCUGUAAUAAAUUCUCCUUUGGUAAUUAGCUUCACAGCGUAGCGGCUGUUUUGUUGGAACCACUUUAUAGAUCAGUCAUAGUUUUGGUUCUCCUCUGGCCUGGGUACGGUUCUGCUAGUGAACCUAGCGAAGUUUAUCAAUUGCCGAGUCUUAUACUUUGUGUUUACAGUGCGACGGAGCGCACAAAGGAGUUCUCGACAGAUCAGUGAAAUACAUGUAAAACCCUUCUUGAUCAAAGUAACGCUGAAAUUCUCCUUUAAAGGACAGUGAAUAUAAGCCAACUCGAUAAUCUCAAAAGCAGAAGCUGCUGAACCGAAACAUGUUUGGAAACCAUCCACAUCGAGCACUGCGAUCGAUGUUCACUUCACGCGUGCUGAAGAUUACUAAUGAUGAUCUGUCCCGUACGCAGUGAUAAUAUAACAUGAAUCGAGGUGCAUCAUGGGAUACUAUUCGAUCGUCGUCUGGGCUGCUACCGCAGAGGUAUUUUUGGGCGUCGCUAACACGCGUACUAAGUCAAUUCAGAAACAAAUAAAAAGUAUCGACGAGGUUGCAGUUUAAGUCCUCUGCUCUUUAACCUAUAUGUUAGUAACUGAGCGUUUUCGUUCAAUAAUAUUUUAUCUGAUCCGUUUCUGCUACAAAAUAGCACCAUAGUCAACUCCCUUUUUUCUGCAAAGGACCCAGUGCUAUUAUCACGAUAAUAUUACAAAAUUUGCGUAAUCACUUACUCUUCUUGUAGUAACUCCUGGAUGCUUAAAACCAAGAAAAUGAUUUUUCAAAGAUGCGCUAAAAUGUUAUAUGUUUUUCACAUAGGUAAUGAAAUAAUAGAUAUGUACAAGACUUGCAUCCCUUCUUCUGGAAAUUUUACGCUUCCGCUUGAACACCUGUACUAAAUGCGGCGUUAUUUAGUUUAAGACGCCACGCUGAUUUUAGUGAGCUGAACCUUCUUUUGCAUUUAAAGGGUUUGAUACAAUGCUUCAACCACUGUAACCUACAACAGUGAAGUUUGGGGUGCUUCUGUAAAAUCAGAUUUGAAGUUGUGGGACAGCUCCGAAAUUGAAAAAAGAAACACGUUUACUAUUCUGUAAACGCCAUGCUCCUUGCAGAGCUAAACUUUGAAGAUUCCCUCUGAUCCUUGACAUAAAAUAAAACAUAGGCACGUUCAACGUGCAUGAGCUAUUUUGAAUGCUUCAGUGUAACUAUAAUACUUCGGUGUAACCUUACCAAGAGUGAUGAAUCUACUUUUUUCAUCCUAAAUGUAGAUUUGGUUUUUGUGCGAAAUUGGGUAUUGCGCUACAUAAAUGAAAACGCGAAACGCUCAGCUGAGUCGAUCCUCAACCUAUGUAUUCACUUUCCUCUGUCUUUCCCAGUUACAUCUGGUGCAAGUUAAACAAAUUGCUAAAGUAAAAUAAAUUUCUACUCACCAAACGUUGAUUAGAAGGAAAACUCUAAGGUUUCCUCGGAGUUUCUUAAGCCAAAAUGUGACUCAUCGAAUACUGAAUAGUUACGAAAUACCAGGAUUUUUAUCAUUGAGGUAGAUGGUUGCGUCAUCAUAAUUCACGAGGUUUUCACGUGCGAUUCUACUCAGUGAAACAGUCUUUAACUCCGACAACUUAUUUCUUCAUGUUUUAAAAGCUAUUGCUUCUUAAAAGGCAAGAGCCUUUUUUAAGGCAUUGGUUACAAAACGAAACAGGUCUUCAUAUGUCCAAGUUACUAUUUAUCAUUGUGAAAAGCCAAUCUGCAUGAGAUGUACAGUCACACAGCUGGCACGUGAAAGUGUUGGACUUUGUCCCCUUUCGUGGAUCGUACGUGAGGGAAUUCGAGUUAUCACACAAUAAACUAGUAAACAGAAUUAUAAAAAUAACUCUUGCACACAAUUUGCACGUGAAGAUGUUGGUCUUUGGCCCUUUUAAAAUUCGUACGUUAAAAAAAGGCAAAUUGUUUACUACAAAAUUUUCUCAAGCGAUUUUAAGAAAUCACCUCAGCUUCAUUACAACAUCUGCAAUUAAAUUAUGUUUCAUGCAACGUCAAGGUUGAUAACCUAACAUUUAUUAACAUUUGUGAGACAGUCUUUAACUCCGACAACUUAUUUCUUCAUGUUUUAAAAGCUAUUGUUUCUUAAAAGACAAGAGCCUUUUUUAGGGCAUUGGUUACUAAACGAAACAGGUCUUUAUACGUUCAAGUCACUAUUACUAUUGUGAAAAGCCAAUCUGCAUGAGAUGUACAGUCACACAAAUGGCACGUGAAAGUGUUGGACUUUGCCCCCUUCCGUGGUUCGUACGUGAGGGAAUUCGAGUUAUCACAGUAAUCGAGUAAACAGAAUUAUAAAAAUAACUCAUGCACACGAUUUGCAUUUGAAGAUGUUGGUCUUUGGCCCUUUUACAAUUCUUACUUUAAAAAAACGCAAAUUGUUUACUACAAAAUUUUCUUAAGCGAUUUUAAGAAAUCACCUCGGCCUUAUUACAACAUCUGCAAUUAAAUUAUGUUUCAUGCAACGUCAAGGUUGAUAGCCUAACAUUUAUUAACUUCCAAGAAAAUUAUCAAACUGCCGAAAUAUAUUUCUGCUCAUAUCAUGUUACUCCACUCAAUAAAGCAGUACCUAAUUAUUGUGUCAACUAGCUUCUUCCAAUUUUAUUCCCUAACGCUACUGUUUCUACGUAAGUUUAUACGCAUCUUUACAAAAUAAAAUACGUUUCAAUAACUAUAAUGCUUAGUAUGCAGGAAGGAUGUAUCAUGUUUUUCACUUAUUAUUCCUUUUUGUUGUUGUUUUGCCGGAACGAAAAAGGUCUGUUGAACUUUGUAAGCGAGAGAAUAAUAUUUCUACAGCUUGUUUACAGGAUUAGCAAUACUCGGUACAGCCUUUAAAAAAAUAAGCUGCUUUUCAAACUUCUAAAACCACAUUUUAUAGGCCGCAUACUUUCGAAUUAAAGUCCAUAUCUAAAUAUCAAUUAUUGCUUCACUGGAAGAGCUUUGAAAAUAUAUGAUCGUUUAUACUCUACCUUGAAGCAGGUGAAACACAACUCAUAAAUACGUGCGUGGUACCGUUCGCGAUAGCCGAAUUCGGUCAGAAAUCUCUUGAAGUAGCAUCCACACUAAAAUAUGAACCCUUAAACAGCUGCAUCACUGUACACAGCGUUUGAAUCAUGAAGAUAUUUAAUAUAAUGUUUCCAAACACCUGUAGCCGUAAUAAAAGACGAACAAAUUGUAAAGAAUCAAGAUGGCGGUCUUAAAGUGCCCUUGUUCGACCUUUAGCAAUGUGAUUUUUAAGUAGAUGCCAAGAUCUCAUUGGUUCCUUAGCAUCAACUCAUAGUACCUUCAACCUUAUUGGCUCUUGCAACAAACAUCCCAACAUACAAAGUUACAAAGAUACAAAGAUACAAAGAUACAAAGAUACAAAGAUACAAAGUUACAAAGUUACAAAGAUACAAAGCCACAAAGAUACAUACGCUCACACCACUGACAUAUGAGCUAUUUUUUCAAAAUAGCUCAAAAAAGGUGCUUUUAAAUUACUUAAGUUACCUCCAACAAAAAGAUAAAGAUACUUUUAAUUAGUCUUUUGACCUUCAUUAAAUAGUUUACUCACCUGUCUUAUGACGAUGACUGACCACUAUAAUUUUUCUGACUAUAAUUGGCCAAUUUCGAAUUAUCAAAAUUAAUACUCGGCUCCAAGGCUGAGGAAAAUAAAACAAAAGAAAUGAAUUAUUAAUUUAUGGAUCUCAGUGUCAUUUCCUUUGUUCAAACAUUCAAUAUAUUUCAUUCAUGUCAUCUUGUUUCAAAUGGAGACAAACUUGUAUUCGGGAUAUUUACUCCUACUGUAUGAACAGUGGAAAAUAAUCAACGAUUGGUUUCAUUUUAUGUUAUUUUAAAUUAUUUUAAUUAGUAAUGGUAACAGGACUGAGUGGGGUCCAGUUCGGUCUGUAAUCAUACGAGUGAUUAACAAAACCGGACGACCGCGUAGCGGGAGUCCGAUUUGUUUAAUCACGAGUAUGAUUACAGACCGAAUUGGAGGACACGAAGUUCUGUUACCAAUUAAUCGUAACUUUAACAAAAUUUGUGAUAUAAAAGAGUAUUUUUUAAAUCAAAACACAAGAAAUUCGAAAUUUUGUUUUGCUGGCAGUGAAAAAAAAAGCCAUUUAAGCGCGCGCGUGAUGGCGCGUACUGUCCUAUUAACUGUCCAAUUAGGGCUGAAAUCAGGGCAGUUGAUAGCCAAUCAGAUUUGAAAAUUUUGUUAUAGUUAUGAUUAAUAAAAGAAUCAACAAUUGGAUAUAAGUAGCUUUUAACAAUACUUAUUUCUUUCCUAUGGUCAUGCAAAUAAAAAGUAUUGUUGUUGUUGUUGUUGUUGUUAUGUGUUUUUAUUACUUUGUUCUGUAACAUCCCAAAUAUUAUGAGCGGCAAACUUGAAAGUUAUUAUGAACGCAGGAGGCCCUGCUUUAUUUUUGUGGAAAGCUGCUGGGCAUAGGAAAGUGUCGUUAUAACUUAUGAUCUUUUUUCUCAUUCCAUCAUGGAAGUGAUAGGGUACAUGUCUUUCAAUUCAGUUACCUUGCCGGCGUUAUUACUUGUCAGGUCCGGAGCACAGGUGGUCCAAGUCCACAAACAGCAACCUUGUUUAACGUCGUUAACGAAACUGUGGCAUCUGUCAGUAGCGUGGGACUCGUUAAAGCCCUGCACCUUGGUACGACUAAUCUGACUGGAUUGGUUCAGGCUGCUGAUGCUGCUAAAGGCCAAACAUUGUUUUACUCCAAGGUGAUUUAGUCUCAAGCGAUAGAACAAUAGUUACUUGUCUCCAUUAAAAGGACAUGGUGCCCUUGUAGGUAAUUUGUAAUAAUAAUGUUCCUCAGAGCCGUUUGAAAGACAGUUUAAUUUUUGUUCUAUGUCUUUCCCUUAUCUUUUCGUAAUUUCCUUUCUGACCUUCAUGGAGCGUUGACUUGUUAUUAGAUUUAUGAUGCUCUUGGAUUUUAUCCAAACGCCAAAGUAAGGAUUUUGCGAACAAGGGAUUGUUUUGAUUAAAACGUCUUUCUCACCGCUUAGUUGAAAUGUUAAUGAUAAUAACGUUUUUGAGAUAUUAUUAUAUGUCUUUUUCUCCUGUUCCUAGGAUGUUAUCAUUGUUCACGUUGUACAACUCAAAGGAGUAAAAAUUAACGUGGCCUCCACUAACUUGGUUACUGAGACAAAGGUAUUUAUCAGCUUGAACUGAGUUGUACAGCAAUGUUGUGACAUCUUUAACUUAAUUUUGUUCAUCUAGGUGUACCAAACAAACAUUUGAUAACUCUAGCAUACGAUAUUUGAUAUAAUGUUAUCUAGCAAUUAGCAUGAACUAAUUUGUGAAUAAUCCGUACAUCUCGUAAUAUGUGGUCGAGCUAGUUGUUCGUACGUCGAUUAGCGCUCACCCGGGGUUAAACUCUAAUCCAAGUUUCAUUUUUUUUUUGUUGAAAAGCAUUUUCAUUUCAUCAAAUUGUAGACAAAAAAAAUUAAACUGAAUUUGCUUUUUAAGCUUUCAAAUUGAAUUUCAAUUUCGCACUAACCCUGGGUUACCUUAACCCAGCUUUGAACGACCCGGUCCAGGCAGCGAACAGCUUUUAACAGUCAUCGAAAAGUGGUAUGACACCCAAGGUGAGAUGUCGUGAAUCCUUGCCAAACUUCAAGCGUCUACUAGUUACGGUAAUUCAUCGAAAACCUUCAGGUAGCAUUGUAACAGUUUCCGGGGUUUUUGAAAAGCAGUAGUGGAUUCACAUCCAUUCAAGUUAUUAGUUUGCUUUCUCCGUUCUUUCUUCUUAGUUUUAGAGAAAAGUCUUCUCUCCUUUUUGUCGUUUUCUUUUUGGACAGGUAAGCAUUUAUGCGUCUGGCUUGAGUGAUGAGACUCCAUUCACCUUUGCCAAUGCUAUGCCUGGGUUGAAGUUCCGCUGGAGUUCAUCCAAUCCGGAUGUGUGUCAAGUCAAGUCUGUGUACGCUUUGGUAAAUUACCCUACAACUUGUAUCAUAUUACUAGUAUUGAAACUAAACCCUUUUUAUUUAUUACUCGUGUUACGUGGCUAAAACACUUGCGCCAAAUAAAAUUAAGUGCUUAUGAAAAAAGGAACUCUGUUUUAUUGUUCUGUUUUAUGACCAUUUUGCCAUUUACAUUAAAUAUACACACAGAAUUUAGAAAGAUGAGGUACGAGAGCCUAUGGAAGCCAAUCAGGCUUAUAAUAAUAUAUGACUUAAUUACUUAAAUGAAACACGGGCAUAGGCAAGACAAUUUAACCAAACCCACAUAAAAUAAUCAUUAAAUAGGAUAAAAAUAGUUAAGGCUGAACGUGCAAGUGCUUCCCUGGGUGCCAGAGGCUUUUCAUGCGCGGUUUCCGGUUUUUCCGCGCGAAGCUCCCCGUCGCACGCGAGAAAAAACCUCUGGUACCCAGGGUAUGCAAGUGCAGAAAAGAAAAAGAAAAAGUGAGACGAAAUAAUGCAAAAAUACGAGGGAAAAGAGCGAAAAAGUACACGCAAGCAUUAAGAGUUAACUAUGCUUAUAUCAAGAAAACUGACCUUAGUUUAGAAGUGAACACAGCAAUGCUAGAGGCAUUCUGAAUUUCAGAGCUAAAGGCAUUAAAUAUUUGGGCCCUUGAAAACCAUGUGAAAAUUUCCUUAAAUUUAUCCUACAGUGGCUAACUAGUGUUAUUUAUACGAAUGUGCGUCACAGUUAAAUAAAAACAUGUCAUUAAAACUAUUAGGAAGAAGGCCGUUUUUGUAAAGAUACGUAACUUUACCUAUACUAAGUUUGAUUAUAUCUUCAAAUUUUAGAAUUCGUAAGGUCACAAAAUAGGAUUGGUAUCUGCAUCAAAAGUACUCCUGGAAAUUAUUCUGAUAACCGGUUUUUGGAGGGUAAUCAAACGUUUAAAAUGUGACUGAUAAGUUGAGCCCUAAACACUCGCACAGUAAUGUAAUUACAGAGAAACUACUCUACAUAACCGUGCAACUUAUGACUUUCCCUAGCAAAACCAGCUGAACUAAUACAUCAAGUGUCAGGGCAAACAGUCGAACAGGACUGUAGACGCAACGCUGAGAAAAACGGCUGCGUGUGAGAUUAAAUAAAUUAAUCUGAACAGUAUUCAUUUCAUUCUAAGGUUCAGAAGUUUUAACAAAUGUUUUACUUAAAGUUGACCUCUGUAAUUGUCUCUGUUGUUGUUUUUCUCUUGAUUUUUUGUUUUCUUUUUUUGUCUAUGACUGAAGAGUGGCGUGGCUGUUGAAAGUGAGAGAGACUUUCGAGUGGACCUGCACUGCACUAAUCCAGGCCAAACGACUGUCACACUCAGGUUGGAGAUAACUGACCACAGAUAUCAACAGGCUUACUCACAGGCCUUGUUUCGAGAUGAUGUUACAUUUGACGUAAGAAACCCAAAUUCCUUUUUCAUAUUAUUCACAAAUUCAUUCAUCUACCCAUCCACAGUUGUGCAAAAAUUGAUUUUGCGCUAGGGCAAAUAUCUGAGUCACUGAUUUUGUCUGAGUUAUUAACCCCCGGGUAGAUAAUUCCUCUUAUCAUGAAGUUAAAUGAAAUUUAACGCAGAGGAACAACAAGGAGCGGUCUCUUUCUUGUCGGUCAGCGGUCAGUGUGGUGGCGCAGCGCAGUCAGCCUUGCUUGUAUCAGCUCCAUGUGCUUAUUGCGAUGCUUUCAUGGUGGUCACUCGCUUUGUUUAGCCUUUGGAUCGUGCUUUUUGCCCCUCCCCUUCCCUCCCCUACAGAGAGGAGAAGUUGUUACGUCACGUUGCCAUGGUAGCAAAAUUUUUGGAUGAUCAAAGCGGAAACGACACUUAAAAAGUGAAUUCGCACAGCUUCAAACUUCAUCGAUCUUAUUCAAUUUCAUUUAAUUUGGCAAAUGUUGGCGAAAUUCUCUAGGUUUGAAUCCGAAAGUACCGUAUCUAAGUUUAGAAGAGGAAAAAGACAACUUUUGUGUUGUGUUCACCUACUCCAUAAAGCAAGCAUGUGAAAUUGGGAAUUUUCCGGUCGCAUGGGCGCAUCGACGGCAAAAAAAUGUGCAAAAUAGCUUGAUGCACGUGUAAAUUUGCUGUUUUGUCAAUAAAAACCUUUUACUUUUUUUGCCGUUCCGUCGCCGUCGUCGUUGGUUUUGUUGUCAUCCAGAAAUAGUGCUACCAUGGUGACGUGACGUCAUACUUCUAUCUAUUUUCCACUGAUAUAUCAGUGUGAUAGGUGCCUGGUUGCAUUGGCUUAGUUAUGGCUGGAAGGCACGGGUUUACCAGCCGUGGGGGCGUAACUCUGUCCAGUUGCUGGCUUUGCCAAAAGUGGAAGCUUCUGGACAUCUCGGGCACCCACCUCCAUUGAACGUCGCUGUUGUUAACUUCUGAUUUUUAGACGAUGAACAAGUUUUAAAGACAAAAAAUUCCCAGAAAACAAUUAGGGAAGAAUUUCAGACGAUUGUUUUGUUAUAAAACAAUAACUGCAGUAUUAAGUGUUCUUGGGUCUACGAGACAUUGCGACAUUUCAUUUUGUCGUUGGUAAAGACAAGGAAAUCUAACCUGCAUCUCAAUAUUUUGUCGAUGACGUCUUUAGGUGUAUCAAAGACUUCAGCUGAUCUUUCCUAUAACUGGUUUUAUGUUGCUACCUCACAACGUGAACACGAGACUUAAAACUAACAGGUUUGUAAAAUGUGUUUACUUGUCUAUAUUACUAAUAGAUCAAGUACAUAUUAGUGAAAAGACUGCUGUAUUCUUCCGCAUUAUCGAAAACAUACUCCAGCGAGGUCUUUCUACUGAACCGGUUUCGGUCGAAUGAUAUCCUGGUUUAUAGGUGCAUUAUAUUUUUUGACGUCGGAGUUUAUGUCACCUGCUUUAUUUAAACUUGUCCCGGGUGUUUAAUGUCUCGAAGUUGAUUAAUAUGUCAUCUUUCUCAAGUUCGAGAUAUCCCAUGCAAUAAGUCUUCUAUUUUUUUCUCAAGACUUGUGCUACACCAGUAAUCAUUCUACUCCUUCAACUUAAACCUGAUUAUAAUACUCUUUUUAGGGAUGGGUCGGCAAGAAUUACCUACGAGCUUAUCACAGACUGUUCUCAACGUACAGUGGCGUCCAACAGUCCAGCGGUGGUGUCAGUCAAUCGAGGAGGUCAACUGUCCACUUCAUCAGUGUCUGGAACAGGUGUUGUGUUGGUGACUAUCCAUGAAGAGUUUGGCAUCAAUCAAACUGCCGUUGUGCAUGUGGAGGUACAUCAACCCCUAAUGUUUCCAAAGCCAGUUGCUCUUGUGGUUAGCAUAAUGGUGUCAAUAGGCAUGGAAACGAGAAAUAUUGCCCUUUUAAAUCUUUCGCAACCGUGGCUUGUUUGACAGAACUUUGAACUUUCUUUCGUCUUCAUUUAGGGAACAUCUAUAAAAUCCCUUUUUUCAAUACUUAAUCCACUUGAAACGGUGGUUUGAAUGCGGUUUUCUUUUUACUAACCUUAGGUUCUGAGCCUGCUUUCGCUUGUGUUGAUUAAGAGGCCAGAACGCUUCUAAGUUUAUUCGUUAUAGUACAAGCUUUCUACAUACAUUUUAAAACCAUUGUGUCCUUCUAACAAAGAAGUUGAAAACAAUUUUAUCCAGGUGAGACUAAGCUUACACAGCUGAUUUAUGGCUUCCAUGUCCAGCGCAGCCGAACUGAUGUAUAAAACCCGAAAGGAACUCUUUUCAAUUGGGGGUUUUAACCAAGAUAUGUACAUGAACUUUGUCGAAAAUCGACUUCCUAAUAAAAAUCUAGUUGAUUUUCGUCAUCGGUUGUGCUUCGUAAACAAAAUAACGGAGCUCACAAGGGUAACAGAUAGAACAAAGAGCGUACUUGAUGUUAUUCUUGUCAGUCACGCAGAACGCUACAUAACUUCGGGUAAUUUGCAACUUGGUUUAAGCGAUCACGAUCGGGUCUUUGUUGUUAGGAAAAGUAAACUUCCACGCCCAAAGCCACGCUUAAUUGAAUAUCGCAGCAUGAAGAACUUUGACAAUGCGGAAUUCUUGACCGAGUUAAAAAGACGCCCCUGGGGCACGACGCAUGCGCCGGUCAAGAAAAAAUGGGUGCGCAGUGAUCAAUUACCCUGGAUCUCAACUGAAAUUCAGCACGAAAUUGCCCGGCGCAAUUGGCUGUUUAAACGCUACAGGAAGAACCCAACUAACAAUCUCUGGGUUGCGUAUAAGCAACAGCGUAAAUAGAAUACUGUAUUCCCCUCCUGUUAGGGGUGGGGAAAGUCCAGGCCAAUAAAAUUGAAGACGCGAAUCAUUAUUUAUUAAGGACACGGGAAAUCAUUGUCUUACCAAGAACUCUUAAAUAUAUGUAAGUUAGACACUUUAGAGUGUAGGAAAAAGAAGCAAUCUCUGAUCCUAUUAGCAUAAGGGAAACGUCGUACGGUUUAAGAGGAAAUGGAAAUCUUUGCGUUCCCAAAGGUAAUCUUAAUUUUAUGAGGAACUCUUUUACUUACAAGUGCGCUCAGGUAUGGAAUAUACUUCCGGAAGAUGUCAAGCUGGCCAAUGAUGUUAAUAUUUUCAAGUCUAAGCUAGGAUCAAUUUAGUUUUAAUUUGUAUAUUCUUAAAAUUUUUUGUAAUUUUUAUAAUUUUUUAUGUUCAUGUGUACAUAGAUUAUAGAUUACAUUUUUUUUACUUAUUAUUAUUAUUAUUAUUAUUAUUAUUAUUAUUAUUAUUAUUAUUAUUAUUAUUGUAGAUUUAAUGCACGUUCAUGUUUUGAACGAGCACUUGUGCUCUUAGACGAGAACGUAGUUAAAUAAAUUGUUGUUAUUGUUGUUGCUAUUGUUAUUGCACACAUCAAAUAAUAUUAUGUAUAAUAAAAGGAAAGGCUUGUUAGAGAAUACUCACUUGCUGUCCGGCGUUAACACCAUUUGUAGGUCAAAGCAGUGUCAUCACUAUCCAUCACAUGUCAGUCUCCUCCUGUCAGAGCAAACUCAGACGAGUUCCAGACUUUCCCUCUGGGUAUGAAUGCGUUGUUCGCUAUAACUUUGCAUGACAAUAUUGGACGGGAAUUUGCUGUUGCUAGUAUUCCUCUAAAGUACAGAUUGAACAGGCAAGUUGCUAAAUUAAAGAAGAUUAAACUAGUUAUUAUAUUACCAGAAUAUAACAUCUUGUUCUAAAAUAACCAUUUAUAGUAGAGGUUAUGGAAAAAAAAAGAGAGAGAACCUUUUAUGUAAUUGAAUGUAGUUUUUAUCAGGUUUUAUGCAGUUUGUUUUUUAAGUACCGAAAGUAAUUUUAGUGUUCAACAUAUUUUACUUUUUUGUUGUUGUUGUUGUUUUGUUUUUUACGCUGACGAAAAUAACGGCUAUUGAUUUCGGCGCUACAUAAAAUUUGUUAUUAUUGGGCAAACUGGAUGUCAAAGAACGCACAUCCCCCAAACAACUUUUCAAGUAUUGAGUCUUGAGUGAAGGUUCCAGUGGCCAAUAUGUAUGUCGUGGUCUCAUCCGUUCAGAAGCCCUUUAAGCUAUCCGGGCAGGUCGACCACAUACUGGUAGAGUUAGACCAACACACCAGGCACUACGUCCCUCACUCACUCUUAACAAAAAGUGUGUGGAUUCUUUAGCGUCCCACAAAAUUAUUCAUGAAUGCUGGCCCAAAAGUUUUUUGACACUUCUUGGUUUUCUUCAACGUAGUGCAAGGCAGCAAUAAGAACUUCAAAAAAGCAAUUGUUAUAACAAGCACCACAAUUGUGUACGUGCGUCCCACGUUUUCGUUCAUUUUUUGCCAUCACUCCAAGCCUACAAUGUGAAACUUUUAAAAACAUUGAGACGUUUUCUGAAGAACUUGAGUGUAGGACUAGGAAUUUUUUUUCACUUUCUGGCCUUGCAUACGGUGGGGAAGAAUUUGACUCCAGGUGCAUUCGCUUUACAUUUGAGAAAAAAAAAUUAAGCGAGUUGGAAUUACCGUACAGCAUCAACGAACUCAAAUUGAAUUUUCCAUAGGCGUUUUUGCUGUCGUCACGUUACUCCCUACUAGUGUCCUUACACACGAUUCGCUGCCUGCAUCAGAUGCGGGGAGUGAUGUGUGCUCAUUAGUUGUAUUUGUGGUAUCAGUCAUUUACGAUGUUUCGGAUCCCUAACCUGAUGCAUGCACUUAUUUUGUUGUGGAUAGGUUUGAUGCUGUCCAUGUUGCACCUGGACCUGAAAAUGGCACAUUUUAUGCUCGAGCAAUGAACUUCGGAGAAGCCAUUCUUAAGGUCAGUAAACAGUAAAAAUUCUGUUCAGAAAGUUCAGCGUCUAAAACGAAAAUAUUCAAAACCACUGUGACCUCGUUCAUUACGCAUACAGGGGAAAAAUCCGCAAGCUGGAAGUGCAAGAUGAAGUAAAAAUGAAAAAUUAUACAAAUAACACAAAUCAACGCACAAUGUUCAUGAAUAUACAACUAGGUAUACCUAUCGAUAGAGUGCCAACGAGCAAAUCAUGCGUAUUUUGCUUAGGAAUAACAUUCCUUUUUUUCCCCAUUUGACCGUUUCUUGGUCCCUUCCUGUUGCAAGGAUUAUUUUCUUGAAAAGUUCUCAGAUUCAGUGGCUUUACAAACCUGCUAUGUAAAAGUGUGAAAUGCCUUGAAAGAAUAAAGUCAGCUUUGCAGAGGAAGCGAUCGGGAAUAUUAUUAAGUCCAGCUACAAAUCUACUGUCGGUUCGGUUUCACAUUGUUGAUAAAUAUUUGCACAGUUUAAUCAUUUAAACCUCCUUUCAAAUUUCCCGAGGCUUUUUGUUAUCGGAUUGAAACUUAAAAUGAUUCGCUGGGCCAUCUGAAAUGUUUCCAAGGACAUGCGAUGUACGGCACGUCGGUAUUUAAUUUUAGUUCAUUAUUUUUAUACUGAACUCGGCCACGUUUCGAAAAAAAUGGCGUUGUUUUCUUUUCCUUUGUCGUUCGCUUUAGGCUUGUAAUUCGUUUUUGUUCUCAUUGUUUUUGUUUGCUGGUUAGAUUUUUUCCCCAACACCAGAUUUUCCAACAGAAGCGACUGCAUUCUUCGUGUCAAGCUUUCCUUAUCUCCUCGUGUAAUCUGAUCCUUUUUAGUGGUGAGAACAUUGCUUGCUGCACAUAGAACACUUUUGCUGUUUUACAAACUUCUCUUCUUUAAAACUUAACUUUAUGGCCCCUAAAAUUAAUAGAAUAUAUCAAGUGCUCAUGUCUCUUGACUGCAGUGGCCGGGUUUGACGAAAAAAUUUAGGUGUGUGUGAAAUUUUGUUUGUUAUUCAACUUGAGCCCGUGCGCCUGGUACUGCCUUUUGAUUGGUUCACAACUGACCACUUGGUCUCAGGGGAAUCUACAUUACAUUAGGUUACACUUUUUUCAGCUCGAUCGAGAAUUUUUCUGCCUAUUGCCCAGUCCUUGCGCGGCUCUAUUCUGCUGCCGCCUCGCCAUCCGAGCGUCUUCGCUCGGAUGGCUCGUUGGCAAUAAAGUAUGGACGUGUAAAAUGAUUGCGGUCUAGAAGUGUGUACAACGUUUUAUUCGCAUGCAUGGAAAGUAGUGCAUCAUACCUGGGGGAUGGAAGAAUGGGUCUCUAGCCAUGCAUUCGAGAAGUUAUAAGAAAAUGCACACAAUAGUGGCGGUAAUUUAUCCUGCGCGAAGAAUUAUGGGGUAACUGUCAUUGUGUUCUUGUUUUGAAUUGAAGAAAGAUCCUCACUGUUAUAUACACCACUUGGUCAGAUUUAAACCUAAAGAAGAAACGAGAAUCAUAACAUCAUACAGUACUCUCUCGACAUCAGUGGUCCUAGUAAUUUUACAGGACGCGUGUGAUAUAUAAAUCUAGUUUAUGGACUUGCUGGGUCCCUUAGAGUGACUCCGUAUCUCAGCUCCAUAUCUCAGCCCGGUGUUUGGGAGAUCAAAGGGAGGAAACUCCUUUUUUUUUCUUUUUGUGCCCCGCUUGAAACGUGACGAUUAUCACAUCUUCCCUUCCACCACCGAACUUGAAAUUUAAAGUUAACCACCUCCCUCUACCGCAAAAGCGAUCCCCUGAAGUCCUCACAAUACGUAAACGUGAUUCAAGAACGAAUGACGUACAUUUUAGAUCGCUAGAAAACAAAUGAACGGUUUAGGCCGCGAGGAGAUACCCCUCCCAGAGAAACGCAUUGUUGGGCUUUUAAACUGAGCAACAGAUUUGCUGGGUACAUUUUCUACAUAGGCAAGGGUUUUUGCGGUAGCAAAUUAUACGCUAGGAAGACUGCAUUGUCACAUGCAUAAAACCUUGUGUUGUGUCUCUCUAGGUGUGGGAUCCGAGCGCAGUGGACAUAGCAGACUACAUACGCAUAAGGGUAGGACAUGGUCUGACUCCGUCGAAAGCCACACUGUUACUAGGAACGGUACAGCAGUUCAGCACUAGUGUUAUAUCAGAAGGUACUAUUAGAAAUCAGUCGAAACAAAAAAAAGAUUCUUAUACAUGUCUCCUCCUGGCAUUAAUCACGUGUGUAUGAGCAUGCGCUUGUGUAACGAUGGGUCUUUAUUUGAUGCAACUUUGGCUCUUUAAGUUACUACGGCUAUACACCGACUUUUAAUAUGCGAUUAAUCUUCCUGCUCUUCACACAAUUUAUGCCAUAGACCCAGUUACCAUCAGGAAUUUACACCUUUUGCUGUUCAUUACGAGAAAAUACGCAUUCAUUUGCAUGAAAAGGCACAAAGGCCAAAUUUGUUUGAAUUUCUAUUGUUUAAUUGAAAAUCGAUUUUUGUAUAUUAAAUGUAAAGAACACUCAACUGAUUGUACAAGCACAUUUAAUGUUUGUCUUAUCCAUCCUAAGGUUGUCCAGGAAUGCUAUUGAAUUGCAAACAGUGUCGUAAAAAUGUUAAUGAAUAGUGUUUGCACUUUAAUGUAUGUCAGUUGUUCCUAUUGACUUUCAAGAUGGUAUUAAUGACUUUGAUGUUGGCCUUAAUGAAAGUAUGUUUCUCUCUUUUGUAAGCCCAAUGACGCAUAUGAAUGCCCAAAAGUGAAAUGAAUGUUGAUUAAAAUGCAAAAAUCGUAAUUGAAACUGAUUUAUGCGCAAAUCUUCGUAUUUUCGCGCUAAUGAAUGUAUCUUCGCACUAUUGGUCGCCGUUUCACGCAAAAGACUGCGUAUUUUCUCGUAAUGAACAGCAAAAGGUGUAGUGGAAUAUCUCCAUUUUUUACUAUCUUGUAGUAUUGUCAAGGUUAGACGAUAACAUGGGGGAAAGUAAUCUUUGUAGUCAUUUUAUUUGUACAGAAGUAUAUAACCCUGAAGCGACUAAACCUAACCUUAUCUGUUUAGAACCAUGCUGAGGAUUUUUAGCCGACGUAGCCGUCUAGUCAGAAGCACGGAAUUUUUUUUUUGCCCAAAUAUAAUCAGAGAAUUCAAGGCUAAAAACUUGGAGCUUGUUACGCUUAUACGUGUAUUUCUACGACCGAAAGAAAUCGUUCCGUGGCAUAAAAGAUAAAGUAAUUUUGCUGCUAUAAAAUGCAACCCUGGGAACACAUAAAGAGCCACAAUGUUAAACGGUAUGGCUUGAAAACUUCGACCAGCGACGAAGUAAGUUAAGGCUGUUUACAUUUCUUCACUAUAUCGCGAAGCCUCUCGCCGAAAUCAGCAAAAUUCGUCUGCAGUCUGUUUGACCUCAAGCUACUAGCUGCAAACCUAUCUACCAGUUAUCUGUAACUUCUGUUCUCAUUCAGUAAAACCAGCAUGGUGACUUCAAACAAAAUGAUAUGGCAAGCUUUGCAGAAGCGUUGUACAAGGCGACGAAGUUGGAACGGAAUCUUUUUUUUUUUCGGAGUGUAGAAUUUUGAAUUCUUUCAGAACUGUACACGAACCAAUUACAUGAGUAUGGCAGUUUUGAUUAGACUUGUGACGUGUAAAAGUUUGUUUUCGUUUUGGGGACAAAGAAAAGUUUUAAGCUGCAAAAUUUACCUUCGGGGAGUUCGACCUUGUUUCCUUCACGGCGAAGCCCUUGUCCUUUUCUGAACUGCGACCAAGUCAGCAAAGUUUUUCAAGAAUUUUCGGGUACAUUUUACACAUUAUGCUCUUGGAAAGUACGUUAUUGAAAGGAGAUUUAUGUAUCUGUAAAUGUUUCAUAGACGUUUUAUAGGUUUUUGAUAGAGUUUUAAAGAAAAAUUGGGGAAUGUGCCCGAUUUGAGACAGAUUUAGUGUCAAUUUUUGCCAUGUGCUCAGCCGAUUUUACUUUUGUGAACGGAUCCACGAUACAGUCAGUGUUACGUGAUUGCUUUCAAAGGUAAACUUAUGGGUUUUCGAUUAAAAUUUUUCAAGAAACGAUUUGUCUGUCUAUUGUUUUCUGUUUGUUUAUUUAUAAAAUUAGUUGAAAACAUCGUGAGACAGCAUCUAUGUAAGCAACUUGCAUUUCAUUCUUCUUAUUACACGCAUCACUUCUGCGAAGAUGUCAGCGAAUUUUAUACAAUUUUUACUUUCGAGUUCAGUAGCUAGUUUAUUAGAAAAUAUGUCACUAGUUAUUCUAGAUAGAUAGAAAGUAAUUUUUUUUAAGGUUAUUUGCGCUAAUGGUCACCCAAAAACCCGUUUUUGAAGUGACAACUUCAAGAAAUCGCUUCUCGUACGGUGCAUGUCAUGAGUAGUCGACUUUGUCCUGUUCGGAGGAAGUCAAUCCUGGUCAUUUGGGUCUGAAUAAUAUUCCGUUUUUCGUCAAAUAGUUAACCUCGUAAAACAGUAGUUGCCUUUUGCAGUCCAUCAUGUAGAUCUCGAUACAAGUUUUCCCAAGCACUUGCGCGAUAAUCUCGCUUAUCGGUAAUUCCAUAUUGGGAAGUAAAUUUUGAUUGAUUCCCUAAAAAUCCGCGUCAUUGGGACAGAGUUAUACGCUUGGCGGUUGUAUGCUUCUGAUUUGUAUUAACCUACAUUUGAUGGCAUUGUGUGAUAUCCUGUCGGAAUUUGCUAUCCUAUGACGGUUUGUUAAGCAGUGGACGUUAGAAACUACUUCUUUUUAGUUUGUCUCAACGUCUGAUAUUCUCUACACCACCAGUUUUUUUCCUUUUAAAGAAACUUUACAGACCCAAAGGAUCUCAUUAGUUAGUCAUCUGAUACACCUGGGUUCAAAGCAAUGGCCGAAACAUUUUGGUCAGGUAUUUUUUGGUACGAAUUAAAAUUUAACGAGUUUAUAUGUAAGUGUAAACUUUUUUAUGAUUUGUAGUUCUUUUCACUCAUAACACCAAAUGAGAUGUCCGUAUACCUUAGUUCAAUUAUCAAUAUCACGGUGGAAAUUUAUCAGGAAAGGCAUUCCGUAUAAUUUGUCUCUAAUACUCCAAUUGAAAAUUCGUAUUUUUUUGGCACAGCCUUUAUUUCCGUCAGAAAUUUCAGGCUUUCCUGUUUCACACCUGAAAAGCGACAAAAUUUCACUCAUCGAGUCACGCCUGCAAAACGUAACUCAAAAGGGCCUCAAAAGGUCCAUCGUCAUUUUUUCGUACUAACAGGAAUUGUUCUCCAAUUUAAGGUGUUGGAGGUGUGUGGUCUUCCUCAAAUAGCCGAGUGAUCAACAUCAACUCGACAACUGGCGUCGCUGUGGCAACAGCGGCAGGAACAGCUAUUAUUUAUUACAGGAUCCCAGAACUUUAUUCUGCGCAGACGGAAGUCAAAGUCGAGAGUUUGACUUAUAUCCGUGUCAUCCCAGAUGACUCUUUGAUUAUUACAACCGUCCAACGUCAUGAUGGCCGAGGUUUUGUCAUUCCCGUCAGUUUGGGUCACGAUACGCUUUCUGUAGAGGAGACAUCCAAAACUUCUGGCCUUCCCGAUGGAAUACUGUUAUAUGAAGGCUUGGGAGCUCAGUAUUCUAUUCCUGUCCACUGCAUUCUUAACUCGGACUAUGGUAAUAACUUCUUUGGGGACAUAAACUUCUACGAUCCGUACGACGUUUUUGAAGUCAAGCCUGGUCUAUUUAAUGGCAAACUGAUGUGUUACUUGAUUCCAAGAAUUUUGACAGCAGAUGUCGAGCAUGCUGUAAUUAUGAGCGAGGCGAAGCUCAGCCUUACUGUUAAGGUGUUUGAUGAGAUUCACGGACGCAGCAUCUCAUCAGAGGCUACAAGCCUGCCAUUUUUACCUCCCUUCCAGCUCGGGGAUACUGAACUGGAGUUAACAGCUGACACAAGAAAAACGACUAUCACUGUCGUAGGCACUGCUGAGCAGCUAAAUAACCUAGAGGUAAGAGAUUUCCUGUUACUUUUGAAUAAAAAGAACAUGGAGUAAAUAGACCGGUUAAAAUAUUUCACUCCCAGAGUCAUUCCUUCAUAUUUGUUACGUGAUUUUUAAGUCUUAAGCUCAUAUCAAACCUCAUAGCUCAAUUACUCAAUUGGAAGCUGCAACUGCUUCUCACUUAGCUUUGGUAAAAUGUUUAUAAUACAGUCAACUCCCUUUAUAGCGGACACUGUAGGGACCUUAAGUUAGUGUCCUCUGUAGCGAGAGUCCUUAAUAGCGGGAGUUUAUUUCAGUCAAAUGUCUGUAAUUUAUUUUUGCCCGGAAUUUAUCUGCUGUCCGUAUUAUCGAGGUGUCCGUUAUAGCGGGGUGUCCGCAAGGCGAGAGUUGACUGUAUAAGAACCCAGUGAUUUGAGAACUUACAGGUUUAAAUUUGGCAUUAAGUACCCCAAAAUAUAAGAAACUGUUCAGCCUGGAAAAGAAAAAUACGUUCUUAUGCAAAAAAAUCACCCAAAUUUUGAUCGUCAAAAUUCUGGUUUUUAAUUGUGUGAGAAACUUCUGACAAAAAGUUAUUGUGUAUAUGUUUUCUUUGAUUUACGUUUGUUUGGAUUUUCACAAGAAAUCGUUUUCCAUAAACCAUUAUGUAUCAGUAGCACAAUUUUUCUGCCAAUGGCUACACUACGACAACCUCUGAAAAAUAACCUAUUAAGAACCUAAUUAGCCGGAAUUGUGAAGAACUACCCUAUAAUAUAAGAACCUGUUCAGCCUAACCCCAAAAAUUCUAGGUUCUUAUAUGUAGGCUUUUACUGUAUUUGGACUUUCUAAUGUUGUGAACUGUAGCUGAAGAUGACUAAUCAGUACAGCACCUGUGGUUUCGUUUGUUUUAAAAAAUAUUCCAUAUUAAACAGGGCUCGAAAUUAACUUUUUCGUUCGGGAGCCAGCUGGCGACUAACGGAAAAAUUUUGGUCGCCAGAUCGUAAAUUUUGGUCGCCAGCUUAUUUUAUAUAUAACUUAGACCCUGUUUACAUGGAGUGUGGGGACCGCAGUCUAGUGGGGUAGGUUUCUUUUGCUUUGUGUCCCCCAGGGAGUGAAAACAAAAGAAACCAACCCCACUAGACCAGGGUCCCCCACUCCAUGUAAAGAGGCCCUUACACAAGAACACGAUUUUAUACGUUACUUUGCAUGCAAGAAAAGUCACAACUGAAGAGCGAAAACAAUUAGAAACAACAUGAGUAACACUUAGUUAUAAAGCUACCGUUGUUCUCAGGUGAUAUGUCUCAGGUCCGAAGGUGAUGGUUGUCUCCAUAGUCAUUUUAAAUGAAGCGAAGCAUAAAACGUUUUAAGUCCGUGGUUUUCAUUCUGAGACAAACACGGGUCCUUGCGUAUUUGCCCUUUGCUACUUCUACGAAAUGGCGUUCUUUAUUUUCGACUUGCUUUCCUCGACGCCUUUCGCUGCCGACAAACAACGCCAUGCUUGGCCCAGGCCACCACAUUGCUCGUACCAGUCUCCGACCGGGAGGAAACAUAAAUGGGCUUAGUGCCGUUUUUAGGUCUUCGUUUCAUUUUAGACAGAACGUUGUAGGAAAGUAAAACCUAAAAUAUUGCGGGAGUUUACGGAAGCACCGCUUGAAUUGAAUCGCUAUCUCCUUACCUUAAAGUAUAAAGAAACGUUGUUAAGAACUAUUCACUCAGGUACUUUUUCUAUUAGUGAUAGUUAUAUCCAUUUAUUAACCGCCCACUUUCCCUACAUCAACAACUGAUGAAGGAUUCAAAGUUUGGAUUAACCUUUUGGCUGAAUCUUCAUUCCCCGCACGUAAAUACUCACGUAUUUCCUUCAACUGAUUUGUAUCUGCCGCCAUUUUCGCGGCAAAUGAAAAGCACAUGGUGUUGAAGUGCGCCUGCGAUCUCAGUUUCGGAAGAAGCCACUGAAACAAUAUGGCGCGUCGUGAACGCAGUAUCGACGUUUCGAAAUACAUUCAAUUUUUUCGAUUAUCUUGUAGUAUUCAGACAUUAUUUUACUGGGGACAGAAAGGUGAGUUGGAUACUAGCUACCAUAUCCGAUUGAUUUCCUAAUAUAAAGAUUUAAAAACAAAAGUUGUGUCGUGGUUUUCUUUACCCAUCGGACAAAACGCGAGUCGCCAGCUGGCGACCAGUUCUGAAAAUUUGGUCGCAUUGGCGACCAGUGAGUCGCAAUGUCGAGCCCUGCAGGGAUACUGAAUUUUCGAUGUUUGCGUAAUUUUGUUUUUAAUUUCCCGGUUUUAGAGCUUACCAGUUUAUAAAGUAAUUUUAGGAUCGUCAUUUCAUUUUUCUUUUUUCACCAGGUAAGGUCCCAGGACUCAUCACUAGUAGACCUCUCAUACCUAUCUCGUACGGGAGACAGACGAGUAGAAUACGCGAUAGAAGUGAUAGGACAGAAUCCCAAAUCAUUUAAGAAAUUAUGGGUGGAAUUUAAAAGCAAGCUAACGGGCCAGCGAGCGUUAGUGUACGUCUCCUACUCUGCCCCUUAUGGAGGUGCCGUCCCGAUUUUGUUGCAAGGUGGAGGAGAAAGCGGACAACAGUGUCCGACAGCCACAGGAACACCAACCGACAGGAGUUUUCAAGGUUUCCUUCUAACGCUACUUGGCCACACAAGUGCUUGGAUCAUUGGGUUCUCCCUCUUUAUUGGCUUGCUCAUUCUUGUAUUGAUCUUGUGCUGCACACCAAGGCACAGGGAUGUUGGUCCAGGUGGUGUUACGACGAGUCCUGUUUCAAGCGCCUACGGUGGUACCCCAUUUCGUGGGAGCUCAUACGGCCAGGAACCAUAUCGUGAAUCCCCUGCGGGAACCUAUUCUGCUGGAAGACGCCCCUAUGUUUUUUCAUCAGGGGCAGGUGAUAUAUCAUCAGGACGAUCUAUCCCCGAGGAAAACGAUGAUACUCGACGAGAGCGUCUUGCGACAUACAGGCGUACCCAUACUACCAGCCGUGCCUUUCUAUCUGAAGAAGGUUCUCAAACACCCGGAGGUUCACUGCCUUUAGGUCGCGUAUCUCCGAGUAAAUCUCCUGGUCUUUUCAGUGUUACCCAGUAACACAGUGGAAGUUAUUUGUUUUAGGGUUAGGGUUUUGAUAUAAAGAAGGCUUAGCGUGGUGUGAUAUUUUCCAUUUAUGGCAAUCUCAGUUUAAUAAGACAUCUUUGGCCAUUUCCUUGCUCCUUAGAUUUUAUGAGAAAGGAGCUUUCUCGCUUGUUCGCGUGCGAUAACCGGAUGUAUUGGCAAGAAAAACUACUGUAAGCUCUUGCUGCUUGUGGACGCAUGUCUUCCUUUCAUAGUCUUUUAUGACAAGCAAGUCAGUAAUUUCUUUUUGUCACGUCAAAGCAGAAGUGGCGUUUACCGAGUUGUUUUGCUUAGAUGUACUGUGUCCAUUAUGGGUUUACGGUCCAUGCAUCACCUCACUUUAAAAGGAAUAUCAAUGCGUUUCUCUCGUAGGCUAUAAUAUUUGAAUUACAUUUUCGGCCCCCCUGAUUCGCCAACAUAUUUAUUUAUUCACCAGGCUUAAAAUUCACCACCUCUUCAACUAAGGAAAUGACACCUAUUGACAGUUCAAUUGCAACAGUACGUGAACAUUUAGGUCGCAGGUCCAGCUGGCUCUGGGAAAACUAGUUAUUUUUUCCCAAGUCGGCUGUGUUUUUGACAGAAACCCAUCAUUCUACAUUGUCUAUGCGGUAAGAGUUAUAAUUAAUACUAACCAUGACUACAAAAAUCGUUUUGUUCUAAUCUACUGAAUAUGGUACACUAGCACUGCAAAUAGCGUGCGAUCAUUGCUUUCUUUUUCUCGUCGUUUACUAAACCAACAAUUCGUAUUUCUGGAUACAAUUUGAAUUAUUGUUGAAAGUAAAAAAGAACACAUUCACAAGUUAACCCCUCCUUCCUACAACCCUUCUAAAGUCGAACAUUUAGUCAUGCAAUCUCUUGUUCAAUUCAAGUGAAUCUCUUUGGCAGAUAUUUUCAAUAGCACUUUUCACUUUCUGCAUCGUGUGAGAUGAAAUCUGAAGCCUGUCUUGAAUGUUCGACUUUGGGUUGUCUAAGGAGUGAAGGGACCACUGUGAGAAGUAUUUGCCGUCAUUGUACUAUUUCUUUUGAAACAUUAAAUCGCUGCUUCAGAAAGCUUAGUUCGGAUGUACCUCGUACGUUAGCUCUUGGACUUGAUUUUAAUGAACUUACAACAAAUGGAAAAGCUUUCACUCUUGUGCGAUAUUCUAAUAACAAAAACAACCUUAUUGUCGGUCUUUUGUAGUAGGUUUGUCUCGAUAAAAUAUACGUGGUAAGAUGAUUUUCGUCCUUUCAUUAGUGCUGAUAUUGUGCUUCUGCUCUUCAACACUGCUCCUAUGUACAAAAAGAAUUCCUAUUGGCGGUGAACAAUAAAUUUAAAAAUUGGGAAGAA